AGUGAAUGCAGGUGACAGCUGGGAUGAGGGAAGACAGCUUAGCACGUGAUUAACCAGAUUCUGAGGCUUCGAUCCAUGAAGACAUGUGGGUGAGCGAUGGCUGGAUGCUGGACAGUGCGUUCAGGAUGGGAUUGUCGUCCAAGUCUGCGGUUCUGGUGGCUGGGAUUGGGCCUUGUGCUCUGCGGGCAGCGAAGGUGACGUGGCUGCCGUGACGCUGCGGGAGCAGUGUUUCUUUUCGUGGUCGCUUUUUUAGAGACAGAGGAGGAAGAGAGAACUGCCAGUGGAUGCUCUAUGUGGAUAUUUUCCACAAACAAGGUGAAAAACUCUUGAUGUGAGGCACCAUCUGGAGCUGUGAUGUUAUUUUUAAACGACUUCCAGGAGCCUGGACUCUGGCCGUUCAUUGAAGCUGGGAGAAAUAGAAGUUUUACUUGCCAGAGGAGAGCUUGUGCGGAAGGGAACACAGCUGACAUUGCAGGACUGGCUUCCUCAACUUCACAUUGCUGAUGUUGCGUUUCAGAAAAGCAGUCAAUCUGCCAUAGAUCCUCAUCGUGGGCAGGGAUUGACAUGAUGAAGAGCAAGGUAGGAAAAGCAAUAACGCAGAUCUGAGUAUUCUAAUGAGUAGGAGCGUGCAGAGCAGAUGCAGCCUUGCAGAGUUGUUUCAGUAGGCAGGAGGCGCAAUUUGACAUUAGCCAAUGGGAUGUGAAGAGCCUGCUUAAGAUCAACUGAAUGUAGCCUUUAGCUUGACUCCGUGACCUGCCUGAACUACAGCUAUGCUUCAUUUUGUCAUAAUCCUAGAAAAUAGAUGUAAAUUGUUCAAACCUUAGACAAACGUGAGAUUAUAGUCAAUGUGAUUUACUAAAAUUCUGAUGAAAGAAUGAUAGACUCUCCUUACUGGUUCAUCUGAGCUUCCAGCAAAGCAUAAUGGCCUGCCCCCAAUAGCAUGUGAAGUGAAAACCAAAAGAUUGGGGGGGGGGGGGGAAUGGAAGUGGAAAUAAUAUUCUAUAUAAUAUAUCCUAAUUUUUUAUUACUACACUGUCAGAAAUUUAAAGCUUUUUUUAAUCUGAAAAUCACUAGAUAUAACAGCACUUGGACUUUUCACAAUGUACUUUGAUUUUUGUUAUCAAAUUUUGGACUGUUUGAGACUAAGUAAGGUCACAUCACGUCAAGUCGAUUGUUGACUUAAAAUCGUUUAUCUGGAGCUUUAGGCAGAUAAAUCCUGUGUUGAUAUCUAGCAGAGGAGCAUGUCAUCUUAGCUGGUAUCGCUUAAGUAUUAAUUAAGAGGUGGGGUAAGCAGGAAUCUGUUAAAAAAGCAACUUUUUUAGUGGUGUAUAUACAAAAAAAGUUUAAUAUUAGUCAAUAGCUGUUAGUCAUUGAUGGCAUUUGGGAAUUUAAUGAUAUUGCUGUAUUUUGUUAUGUCUGUGGAGUCACCAUUUUACAUUUUUUGAGCGGCCCGCUCUUUUUGACUGUAAACAAAGCCAUUCUCCGCCUCCCGCAACCUGAUUGGUUGUGAGGCGGACGCUGCUCCUUAGUGCUGAUUGGUUGUGAGGCGGACGCUACUCCCCUGUGUUCUGAGGCACGCUCCACAUCCUGAAAUAACGUUCAAGAGCCCAAACAACGUUAGCGUGUUACAAUAUCGGACAGUAUAAACCAACCAGAAAGUACAGAAUAUUGUCUGAAUCCUCCCUGGGCCACGACUGUCAACACAAGCAAGAAAACUAAGUAAAUACCGGAGCUCUGGCGGAAUAACGGGCGCUUAAAAUGGACAGGCAAGAGCUAAGAAGCUGGGUCAACAUCAGCAUAAACGAUAGGGAACACUUCGGGAUCUUACAGACCCUGUAUCUUUUCUUGGGUCCUGGACUUUGUCACUUUAUCCUAGUUGUAGAAGUCCUGCAAACAUUGUGUUUGCUGGUACUCUGUUGGCAUCUUCAGUAGCACUAAUGCUUUUUACUUUCACGUUGACUGGGCCCCAUUUGUAAUUAUCUAAAGUAUUUAUCUGAAUUAUAUCUAAAUUUAAUUGAAACAACACAAGCAAGCACAAGUGUCUGUUUGUGGGAGAGGAUGAGCUGAGGGGAAAACUGGUUGGGAGGGGUAGUGUUUACAUUCAAGAUUCCUUCCAAAAACUGGCACUUCGUCAGAUCCUGCCUACCCUACCUUUAAUUAAAUAGGUAUCUUCUUUCAAUCAAUUAUGCUCCUUGUUAAAGAAUAUCUUCUGGAUAUAUAUGAACAGAUAGACAUCAAAUUGUUUAUAUUCUUUAACUGAAGUGAAUACAUUGCUCAUUUCCUGCAGCAGAAGUGUGAAUGUGUGCACUCAUUUCUGUUUUGCACCAUUGUGCAUCAUUUACAUUCUGACUCUUACAAUAUGCACACAUGGUAUGUUUUUUAGCUCUGAAUGCUGCACCAUCUGUGAGCAUUUAUGUACACAGCUUUACUGUACAAGUGUGUGUGUUUGUGUGAGUAUGUGUGUGAGUGCGACUCAUGAAACGCCAUAAAACAAGCCUGAUAGGGCCCGGUGCGUUGCUGAGCACAUUAUCAUCAGCUGGCCCCGGACUUUUAUGGCCUUCCACACCUCUCAGCCGGAGCACAGCUUCUCUGGUGUUUUAUGAGUCCUGCUCCCACAUACAAGACAAGCAGAAAAGGGCGGAGAGGAGGGGAGGUGAACGUGGAGGGUUCUCAAAUGUAAAUCAAAGACUGCCGGCUGUGCUAAAAGUACUGGAACAAUCACAGAGCUCUUGGUGGUGAAAUAUGGGUCUCCUGAUGUAGAGGGGAUGAUGAGGUGUGCAAGGAGAGAACACUGAAACUACAGAAUCAACUGAAUUUGGCUAACAAGAACAUCACCACGUCAUCAGCAUAUGGAGACAUUGGUGUUGACAUGAGAGGCCUGCAUACAAAUAAUCAUCAGGAAUGAAUGAUCAGGCAGGCAUUUGACGCCAAGACUGUGCCUCAGAGAUUUUGUGAGAACAGGGGGUUUUAAUGAUUUACUGCCAUGUUUGGAUGUCUGGCUCGCCAAAAUAAAAUGCCUCCCAAAUUCUGCUUAUCUUGAUUUUCAGUUUUCUCUUGGCUGGGGGAGCAGGUAGUCCGACCCAGAUACUGUGCAGUCUGAUUAAUUAUUUUGUCUCUGAUCUUGGUCUAAUUCCAGCUCAACUGAGUGCAGCAGCAGCGGCGGCAGCAGAAGCUUAAAUUAUGGUGUGUUUUUCUCCUUUUUUUUUUAAACCAGCCUGUUUGGUCCUUUCGGGACCAUGAUGCCUUAUUCAGUUUCUGUGCCAGAAAACUGAGUUCAUGUUCCCACAGUCAGGCUGAUGUUUGAGAGAUUACAGGAUCAGCAGAAAUUAGGGCGCUGCAGCUGACGUGAUUCAUGACUGAUAUCAUUGAUGUGUACCAACAUCCACACACACACACACACACACACACUCACACUAUUAUCAUCAUCAUCAUUAUCGUCAUCAGGAUCACCUGAAGAUCUUUCCUCUGUAAAUAUAUUCUUUUAAGUUUCAUGAAGAUUUGAAAAUACAGAAAACUUAAGAGAAAUUAAAAAAAAAAACUAAACAAGCAUUUGAUGAUGAUGAGUGUGAGUAUCUUAUUAUAAAGGAAAAUAUUAGUGCUGUCAGGCAAUGAUAAAAAAUAUUUAAUUAAGUACAGGAUUUGUAAUUAAUUAAUCUAAUUAAUCGCAUCUCAUAGCUGCCUAAGGUCCCCAAAUAAAGAAAUUGAAUUCUAGGAAAAUGCAAAUUGUAGUGCAUAACUAAUCAAAUGAAUACACUAAGAAGAGAAGAUUUGAAAUCCACAUUUUUACUGGUGAUUGAAUAAAACCAAAGUCCAAAAUAAAUUCUAAGCUCAAUCAGGUAAAUCAAAUUACACUUUCAGUUUGUUUCAUAAAUGAAAUUCAAAAGAAAAAAAAGGCCAAGCACAUUCCAGACACGGUAUGUGCUCGAAAGGCAGCUGGUGUGUUGCUGUGACCAUGUUUUCUUGCACUAUCAGUUUCAAUGGUUGUCAGUUUGUUUUCUAUUUCCCAUUCCUUUGUCACAGCAUCGAACUGCUCGACACAUGCAUCUGUAUAAUGGCAGGUCACCAUUUUGCUCCCGGUUAAUGCGAAAGACUUAAGUUUCCACUCACUAUUGAUUAGGUGUGCUGUGACUCCCUAUGUGUUAUGAUUGCUCAUCAAUGUCCAGUGAUCCCCCGUGAAGGUGACAUGAUAGGCCCCUGCCAACCAUACAGCCAAUAGUUCUUCUUUUGCAUUCCUUUCAUCACCGUACAACUGGUGUUUUUUUUUUCAUCACCGUAGUUCUCAAAGGUAGCUUUAAAGUUGCAUCUGACGACGCUAUCUGAAACGCCAAAUUUAGCCCCUUGUCUUCCACGGUUGGCCUGCAACCACCAGCAACCUACUUUGCGAUUGAAUUUAACACUUUUCCUGUUGUGGCAUUGCUCAUUUGUUUCCCAAGUUCAGUAAGCGUCAGUUUGCGAAAUGAGCUCACAGUAGCACUCACAAUGGUAACAGUGGAACUUGUCCCGAUGUGUUUAGCAUUUAAAUGAUAUGUCAGGCUGCUUAGGUAAAAAAAAAUAUAUAUAUUUUUUUUUUACAAAAGCUAGAAAUCACUGUGCUCUGGUUGACUGUCCCAUCUGCAUUUUUUUAAAUAAAUAAACUUGCUGUUCAAAGGCGCUAGCAAAGAUUUGCUUACCUCACUCGCCUGAGUCAUGUCCAUUCCUGUUGUCACCUCAGUCCUUCUUUGUUUGGUUUGACUAACUACGCGUUUGUAAAGUGACGUGCCACAGCCAAGUACAGGUUGUUCAGUGGGCCAAAUUUAAAAUUACAUACAUAUCCAGUCCAAAAAAUAAAUAAAUAAACAAAAAAACUUAUUUGCAGCAAAAGUGUCACAUUUUCAAAGUCUGAAACAACAAAAAUCAUUUUGGUCUGAAAAGCUCAUUUUUUUAUCCAUAUAUGCUCCGUACAUUUACAUGACAUUAAAAAAAUCCCUUUAUUGCAUCAGUAGGACUGAAGCUGGACUAUUAAAACCAUGCAAACACACAAAUCCGGACUAACAUACACUGGCCUAAGCAUUCUUAGAUCUAGACUAAGGCCCGAACUACACGAAUGCGGAUAUAUUUCAAACCGCACAUAUUUAUGUCCGAUUAGGCCUCCCUACCACACCAAAACAGGAGUUUGGAGCACUCAAACCGGAUAAAUCUGAAUCCGACAAAACAAGUGGAGAAAUAAAAAAAUAUCCGUAUACCGUAUCCGUAGCGGAUUCGUGUGAUUGGACUUUUACGGAUCGAUGACGUCAAACCGCAGCUCGCGCAUGCGAAUUAAAAAGAAAAACAACAACAACAACGAUGGCGGACAGACAGGGUAUUCUUUACGUUUGUUUUGACCUUUUGGGGCUAAUUUCAGCUUUGCAAGUGAACCUUGUUUUAUACAAUUACAUCCACCAGUCAGCCAGCUCACAGAAGCGUCUGCUACGCCCAAUACUUUUAUUGGUCACAUGGUCCGUCACAUAGACCCGACGCACUAGCGUAGCUUCCGCAAACAAUUAAUGAUGCAUCACGCUGUUACGAUUCAUCCGCCAAUCAGGUAGCUUUGUUACUGAAUUUUUUUUAAGCGGCACCAGAUAGGAUUGAGUUUGAUGGCUACGUGUGGACGCAGAUAUUUUUAAGAACUAACACGUGUGGAGAGAUACAUUUAUUUAGAGGGGAGUACAAAAAUAUCCUGAUAAAUAAAUAUCUAUAUACGUGUAGUUCGGGCCUUAGACCUAGACAACUUUAUUGAUCCCACCAGGGGCAAUUGAUUUGGGCAGCUUGCAUACAGUCACCCUACUGAAACACAAGUACACAGAACAUCCAUAAAGUAUAUACAGAAUGAAUAAAAGCAAAAUGCUGAGGAGUGCAGUGGAAUCAAGGAUCAAUAAAAAAUUGAUUAAUACAUAGAUUACUAAAAAUACCAAGAAUACCGUCCAAUAAAAUGUACAUGAUAAAAGAAAUAAAAUCAUUAAGAAUUUAACAGACGAAUAGCGGAGGGAAAGAAUGGAACAUUCUCCACAUGUUCCAGUGUUUGCAGUCUGGGCUUUGAGCGGGAAGUCAAAUGGCACAAAUGCAAAGAUGGGUAUUAAACAAAACCUCAAAGAUAAAGAGAGGAUGUAAAAGGAAAGAAACUUUACUAUCCUACAAAACAUACAGAGCUGUAAAAGUAAUAGUGUUUCAUUGUCUGAUGUGCAAUGCCUUAGCCUCUUGUGAAUGGGUUCUGUUGAUUUCUUUGAUACAUAAUAGUUUAACUUGGAGAUGACCCAACAGUAAGGAGCUGAAAGGGGGCACGCUACCACCUACCACAGUGGAGGCCAAAAACUUCUGUUGAAGAUUUGGUUCUUUCACGGUGCUUGUAAACUGAAACUAGGACAGUAGUCAGGUUAAAUCGCCUAAAGGUGCUGUAUCUACAGCUCUACUGUGUAUGCAAACAAACUGACUGUGUUGAAGUGAGUCCAGUAGUUUUGGAGAUAUUAGGGGCGUAGUUGACUUCAUUGACAGGCAGGCUGAUAGCAAAGAGUCUCAAGGUCUGCCUCAACUACAUCACUUUGCCUCUUGUUAGUUUUUGAAAGUAUUUCUGAUAAGGCAACUACUGACCACAGGUUUCAAAACCAUGGGUAAGAUCUCAGAGACUUUGUGUUCUAUGCUGUUGAACCAUGCAUUUAGAGGAAAACUCUGUCUUCAGGGACCUCUAAGACAAAUCAAACUAUAAAUCCGAAACAUCAAAAGCAUGUUCAAUACAGGCUACAGUAAAGUACAGUCCACACAUUAUGCUGCAUCGUUUAUGCUAUUCAUUUUCAUGAUGUAAGUAUAUUUGACUGAUUUGAAAAUAAAGUCAUGAAAUUCUUGAAGUAUUGUAUUUAAAUGACUGUUUUUUAAGCUUUACUCAAGCUGCAGUACCAACAGCCACAGAGGUUACAAAAUUAGAGUACAAUCUGCAUACGGGCCAUGUGCGAUGUUGUCUAAACUACCCAGCGAUCCUCUAAAUUAUUGAUAAUGUUCAUUAGGGCUAGAUUAAUCACCUAUUGGCAGCCUAUCGCCCAGAGUUACCAGUGCUGAGUUGUAGCACUGCUGACUCUGCAGGAGUGCACACUAACAGGAUCUGUACUGUCACUAUGAAUGAUGCCACACCUCUGGUCAUCCUGCAGCACUUUGGUAGGGUUGAUCUUUACCUGCAUUUUUACUGUGCAUACCACCUCACAAGUGCAGGAGGAGAAAAUAGUGUCAGCUGAAAAGAAGAUGAAGAUAUCUGUUUCGCUGCAGUUUUCCUGCAGUGACAUUGAUUUUAAAAUCUGCUGCUUUGAAAAGACCUUCUUAAAAGAAAAAGAGUGACAAUGCUGUUCCCACCAAAAAAUCAUCAUUACCAUCAAACCAUCACCACAUCUGCAGUGUGUUUCCCUCUGAGCAGUGACUGAAACUCACUCCUUUAGUGGACAUACACACUGACACUGUUUCCACAGAGGAAGGAAUCCAUCACUCACAGUCAUGAUAUUUGAUGUUAUGUGGCUGUGUGACCCAGUGUGCCAGAGCGAAUGUCAGUGCAUAAAACCCUCCACUUACUUGGUCGACGUGCCUUCAAGGGAUGAUGAGCCUGACAGAGUGUCAUGAAAGAGUCCAUAAAGAAGAACCACAGCCCAGUAUCUCUGAGUAUUUUAAUCUGAGCAGAGCAUUUAUGAGCAUCUUAUCUUUUUUUACUGAUGUAUAUCACGAGAGAUGAACAUGUAACAUUUAACACUGACUCCAAAUAAGUGCGUCAUCCUUCACUGGUGUUUAUUUUCUGAUGUAAGACUUAUUUUUUCAUUAUCAUAAAAAUACAAAAAUUCAGAAGACUAUCAAUAAGCUUCUUUUACAGUUAAAGAUCCACAGCGUAUUAUAUACACUCUGCACAGUGAAGUAAAGACAUGCACUACAGGACUUAAAGAGGGGUAGGCAGGAUCUGAGAAAGUGCCAGUUUUCGGGAGAAAUCUUGAAUGUAAACACUACCCCUCCCAACCAGUUUUCCUCUCAGCUCCUCCUCUCCCCUCCUGCUCUGCUCCAGCAAGCCCCGCCCACAAACAGACACUCCUGCUCGCUCGUAUUGUUUCAGAUAUUCAAAUAUAAUGCAGAUAAAUACUUCUGAUGAUUACCAAUGGGGCCCAGUCAAUGUGAAAGUAAAAAUCAUUGGUGCUACUGUAGAUGCCAACAGACUACCAAACAAUGUUUGCAGGACUUCUUCAACUAGGAUAAAGUGACAAAGUCCAGGACCCGAAGUAAACAGUGUAGCAGCGCUACAACAUGUGGCAGGUCCCGUUUGACAAGAAACACUUCUGUUACAGACACUUGGCUUACUUUGUUAAAGCGGUUUCACUGUACAGCAGAAAGGUUACAGGGUCCGUAGGGUCCUGAAGCAUCCCCUAUCAUUUUAUGUUGACCCGGCUUUGUAGCUCUUGUCCGGUCUACCUCCUUUUAAGCACCCGUUAUUCCGCCAGAGUCUCCGGUAUAUACUUCAUUUUAUUGCUUGUGUUUUCCGUACUCUCUGGUUGGUUUCUACUGUCGAUAUUGUAACCCAAACUUUGUUUGGGCUCAUGAACAACACUGGGGGGGCACCGUGCUCUGAUCUGACCAAAACUCACCAUGUCCAGGAUGUGCUCACCGAGCCAGGUUGCAGUCAAACACAGGUUGGCUGAACAACCGAAGUCUUUAUUUUUCUGAGUUAGAAGCAGCAGUUCCUCCAUCUUAUUUGCCAGGGAGCAGACAUUCAGUGAAUGUAGAAAUGAGAGCACUUUGCCUCCUGUAAAUUCCAUAGAGUGCAGUUGCUACACCAACCAAAAUCUCAGAAAAACUUCCUGGAUCUGUGAAAACUGGUGAAAAAGUCAGUCAGAAUACUGCCCUAUGUUUAAGAGUUCCCGUCUGGUGAAUGUUACCAGAGAAGGAGUGCAGAAAACCAAACAAAAACACAAGAACAAGAAAAGAACACAGCGGCGUACACUGGAGCUGCAAAGACACAUUUGAUACAAGUAUAGUUGGUGGGUGCUGCCUAAAUGGUACAAUUAGACCUCAGCACAAUUCUCUUAAAUUUAGCCCCUAUAGCCUGCUUCAUUGAGAAAGAUGUGUUUCUGUAUCUUGGCUUAACUAUAAAUGCUGACAUUUGUCAAACCCAGACAUACAUCACAUACUUAAGUGUGUAAAAAAAGUGGGGGCCACUUGUAGCAUUAAUGAAAUUUUUUCCUUUUUCAUUCUUUAUGUAUAAUAAUAACAGAAAUGUGGGUAUAUUUUCCUACACCUAAAUCUGGUGUGUGGCAUCACACAUUCUUUUAAAUGAACAUCUGACCCAGUUGAGAAUACAAACAUCCCUUUCAGACUCCAAUUCACUUUUCAGCUGAUGUCACCAGAUGCAAUAUCCAAAGCCUUCCCAUGUCAAUAGGAGUCACAGUGAUCUCAUUUUGAGCUGUAACCUUUAUCCAGCUGACCACUAUGCUCUCUCAUAACUACAUCAUAAAUCACACAUGACAAGUGUCACACAGAGCAGAGGUGAGGCCAGGGGCUCCUGAUGCUGCUGCUGCUUGGAUUUCUGUUUCAGCAGGUCCAGCUCUCAUCAAAUAUCAUUCAAGACAAUAAUCCCAGAGGUGGAGGAGGAUUUGUGCUCCGAGAUGUGGGAGGCUCACCAUUUAUCUCCUCUGCCUUGGGUAUGUGUGCGUGCGUGCGUGCCUGCCUGCCUGCCUGCGUGCCUGCUGCAUGCGUGUGUGUGAAUCUGACUUCCUCUUAGUAACUCUGUGUAGCUGCUUGUGUUGUCUGCGUUUGAUCCAGUGGAGCAAAGUUCAUUCAAACAUCCAAAUCAAUUUAUGUAACUGCUUUAAAAUAGCUUUUUAACCCUGUUUAAUUGACUCAGACUGUUACUUCAGUCAUCAUUUUAUUGCUGUACCAAACACUUUUUCUUUGAGUGGCUUUUCAUCACAUUUAAACAGCCAAGUGGAUUAAAAAGAGUGAAACAUGGUGCCAUGUUGCAUCUUGUAUCAUUGUUUUUAUUUCUAAGAUAUUACUGAGUCACUUUCUUGGUCAUUAAUAACUAGGUGCUUCUAUUUUUAACUAAGCAGUUGUUAAACUGCAGAAGAAUGUCUGUGAAAUAACUGUUCUGAUUUAUGUCUUUAUGUUCCCUUUUUUAUAACUGGCAACUUCAAACAAUGUGGUCAGCAUCUUUAAAGGCAGAUGGACCUGACUUAGGCAAUGUUACUCAAUGGAAAAAGUCUGCCUGUAAUAUGUCUUUGAUGUAGGAGUUUGAGAACAUCUUACGAAUUUUAAUCACGGACUUGUUAUGAUGGUGCUCAGAGAAAUGUUAUUUUGGCAGCCAUCUUGAUGAGUAAAACAGAGUGUCAUCCGCAUAUCAGUGAACCUCUAUAGAAUAAUUUAUGAUACAGGAGCAUCUUAGUAAGGUGUCGUGAAUACGGAGCAGGUGGUUUUGCUUUAUAUAAAGCUUUCAGGGUGAGACAAGACUUUAUCACUUCACAUUGAGGUCUUUCCCAUCAUGUUAGGGUUUUAUGUUGCAUACUCACACUUGCUGUACAUUCACAUUACUCUUUAUGUGACCACUAACCACAUUCACAAAUAUUGACCUAAAGAUGUAUUUAAAAUUAUGUUAUAGAAUUAAUGAUACUCCCCAUGAUUCCAUAGCCAAUAACUGCUCUGUGGCAACAGCUUCAAAGUGGGACAAAUUUACCUCACACCGAACAUUUUAAUUCAUGGUAAAGUUAAAAAAUUACUCACUUACUGGUUAUUUGUUAUGAUUAAUAUUAAAGUAAACUUAAGUUGACGUGUCUGUUCUCAUUCAAUUCUAAUUUUUUGCCAUGGUUUAGCAAUCUUUUUCACACUUGGCAACUCUGCCACUGCCUGGAUUGCAGGACAGCAUCUUGCUUUACUUUUUUUGAAGGGAUGGUUGGGGCUCAGCAGCACCUCAGGCUGCUCUUUCACGUGUGCCCAUUAGCCGACCUCAUUUCUCAACUGUCAAGACUGGAGUCAUGUUUUUGUCACAGUGUAAACAGGCAGAGGUGGAAUGUGCCAGACUCCUUUCCCCAUGUAUUCUGUAUAAACCCUGUAAUAAGUAAGAAAGCCAUAUUAUUAAAAAAAAAAAUAGCAGUGGUCCAAGCAUUAAACCUUGUGGAACUCCAUGAUGUUGUUUGGCUCUGGAAGUAAGUCUCCAUAUUUGUUGAGUUAAAUACUUCUUUGUUUUGUUUUGAUUAUUCUUAUUAGAUUCCAUUAAUGUCCAAUUCCCAAUUUAAAGACUUUUAAGGGCUAUGCAGAAAUUUCUCUGUACGGUAAAAUUUAACCUCUUUACAAGAAAUGUUCCUUAAAUUAAGGUAUACAAUAAAGACACUGAUUUUUGUAAGACACUGAAAGAUAGUUUGAAACCUAGAAAAUUCAAUUUUAUUUUUUUUUAUUUUUUACUUGUCAAAAUUGCCUAAAGGUGGCAACCAUUUAACAACAAAACAGCUGAAUAAAAUCUUAAAGUUAUGGAGAAUGGCCAGAAGACUCCCUCAAGGCAUAUUUGAAAAAUGAUCUCAUCUUAUUUUAUUUCUAACUCAAGGCACCAUUAAAGAAAUGCCUUGCACUGCCUUGCAAUGAAAGUCCUUGCACUCUGCUCUGCAUAGGCACCUCCUUUGCGUUUCUAUUCUUUCAGACUGGGUGGUAACUGUGAUGUUUAUUUUGAUACAUCAAUGACUAAUUUGACCAUAGAGUUUAUUUCUCAUGUGUCCACUUAUCAUCAAUGUCAUGUCUUGUUAAAGAAAAUGCAGUACUCCUGGUAGAUGAGUCAUAAUUUGUAAAGACUAAAGUGAAAAGAGAGUAUCUCUGAGAGGGCAAUGAGUCCAUGCAGAAAAUCUCUGCAGUGCAAAGACCACAGCUAGUAAACUGCAGAGGGAUAAAGACCUUGCACCAGCGGCACGUGAGUGAGGGAUGGAUGAUGGGUUAUCCACUGAGAGAAAGAGACAGAGAUUGAAAAAGAACAAAUCAGCAUGAUGAUGGAGGAGGAGGGGCAUUUGCGUCAUACAGCUGUGCCUUACCAUCGUGACAUCUGGAGGAGGGAGACGCAGGUGGACAGAACAAUCCUUUCUCCUACCCGUGGCUUUAUUAACUGUGAGUUACUGCAACCAAAGACAGAGUGUAGCCAAGAGUACAGUACAUCAGCAGCAACAUAUGGCAUCAAGCACAACACUGUAUACAGUAAUCACACAUCAGCGUGAAAUGUGUCUUUUUCUACUGUGAGCACAGGCUGGAGCUCACAGCAGGAAAUAAGUCAUAUUUUUAUUGGUAUGAACAGUGAGGGAAAUGAGCUAAGGGAUUUACUGAAGGGUUGUUUAGGAACAAACGGGGAAGCCAAGUUAACAACCUCAGGCUACACACAGAUGGAGUGAGACUUUACAUGCUGGUUUCUGGAGAAAUGCUUCGGCCAACAACCAUAAAUGUGCUGUUCUUAGAUUUUUUUUUUUUUUAUUUUUUAAAUCUGAGUCCUUACUAAGUUUUUAACCUGUUACCAUCUAUGGAACUCAUUCAUGCUGUAACCAAUAGGUAUGGGAAUUUAGACCCAGUUCCAUUGGAAACCCGGUUCUGCUUUUGUCAAUACCUGGAAGUCAGUAAUGUUUUAGCUUAUCCAUUCUGCUAGUUUUGUAAGUUUUGUGAAGUUGUUGUUAUACUUUGACUUAAGUCACCUCAUGCAGCACAGUGGUGCCCCUCAUUUAAAUGGCAAUUUAAAAUUUGAUUUGGCAGCUAUUGGGUAUUAAACUACGGGGAAAGUAUUCUGGUGGUCUGCAUAUGGCUGAAUAUGCAACGAAGUGUGGCUACAUUCUACCAAAGCCAAAGAUAGAAAUCAAGUAAACACAAUCACCAUAUAGCGUUGUGAAUCAAAUCCAGCCAAAAUGCAGUAACUCUGACUGUCUGCGACUUGCUUUAUGGUGAGGGUUGUCAGUUAAAAUCCCUUAUUCAGUGUUAAAACCUGCAGAAAUAUGACUGUAAGAAAUAUAUAUAUAUAUAUAUAUAUAUAUAUAUUUGUUUGUUUUUUUGCACAGCAAUAUAAAGUUCAUAUUACAGAUGGAUUUGUGGCCUUUGAAACUUUUUUGCACAAACUCUAAUCAACAAUGGAAUUCCUAGUUGAAUGCCAUGUUGAAGGGGUUACAUUAACUGUGAUUUGAAGGCUAAAGCAUCUUAUCAUUGUUCAGCGAGAAAAGCUAUUGUCAUCUCCUCUUUCCACUAUAUAACAGAAAAGUCUUGAAAACAGUAUCAAUGAGGACUCGAGUCAUAAAGAAGUCUUAAUAAUGGAAUCAGUGUCGAAAAAAAUGAAUAGAUACCACUGCUAACCAUAGUUGAGACAAAAGGGAUUUGUGAGGAGGAUAGUUGAGGAUUCUUCCUUCACUUGUCUGAUUUAGUUGACAUAAAGAUGAGAAGUUCACGUGACUGUCUCUGGGGCCGUGGACUAUAAAGGGGUGUUAAGACCAAACGCGACCAGGUCGCGUUGCAUUGGUCGGUCACGUCGCGUCGCGUGGCGCCCUGGUUUGUUCACAACGGGUCCAAAGCUGCGGUCGCAGGACGCAACUGGUCGCCGCUGACCCGUUUCUCCCACCUUCCUUCUCCCUCCUUUUCUCCCUCAUAUAUACAUCCCGCAGCCCCUUCCAGCGCUUGCGGCACACACACACACACACACACACACACACACACACACACACACACACACACACACACACACGUUGAAACAUGUAGCCUAGCAAGCAGGGGAAGUUUGCUAUGUUUUCAGGACAUAGUCUGCUCACUGAAAUAAAUAAACAAAUGACCAGAAAGCCCGAAAUCAUGGGCCACCUUCGCCCAUGCCUCCUCCUUGGAGGUGCAGUCCCGGUAAAACGCGCACCCCACGUCGUACAGGACCGGGUGAUAACUCACGGCAGUGAUAAACUGCUCCUCCAUUGUGAUUCUUCUUCUCCUCCUCCUUGCUUCGCCGGUUUGUUGACGUCAGCAGAGCCCUGAUUGGCUGUCGCGGCACGGAGUCGCGGAUAGUCGCUCCCAAAGUUCAAAUAUUUCAACUUUGGGAGCGACGCGACUUGGCGUUUUGCGACCUUGGCGACGCGACCUCGGCGACACGACCUUGGCGAUGCGACUUGGUGACCCUGUGCGACCUGGUCGCCAAGUCGUGUCAGGUCGCGUCACAGGCAGCCGGCGGUUGCCAAGUCGCGUCAGGUCGCGGCUGUACAUAGACUUUGCAUUGGAAGCCGUUGCUGACGUCGCCGAGGUCACGUUUGGUCUGAACACCCCUUAAGAACACUAAGUUGAAAAGUCCUUGACAAGACUGAGAUUUUCUGAGAACUAUGUAGGGAUGACUGUUCCCACAACAUUGUGACAAUAAAAUUUUUUUUAUCAACAACCCAAUGAAAAUUCACUUUGAGCAGGAUAAAACUGCUGAUCCAACUGGAAUAUUGGUCAUAUAAAUUUAGCAUGGUUUAUCUGUCUUAUUUUCUGAUUAAGCAGCCAGAAACUGUCAUUCUGAUUGUAUUUUUUUUUGGCAGAACUCAUGUCCAUGCUUGUUUCUUGUCUCUCACGGCCUGAAACACUUUGGAGAAGCGUGAAUGGUCAGAGGGUGAAACAAGGAUCAAGCAUUUGAGAGUCUUUGAGAGUAUGACAACUGCCCCAUUAUCUUGGAGUUCAGUGGGUUUAUCUGUUUUUGCCACAUGAAACUCACCACAAUCUAUCUCACCUAAUGUAAAUUUUAGGGAAGUAAAGUAGUCUUGGCCUGUUUUUUGGGCUUGGACUAGAUUUACUUAUUAUAUACAUAGAGUAAAGUCAGUGCCUUAACAUGUGGACAUGCAUAAAUCCCAGAAGUAGUGUAUCAAGUGUUCAUAGUAAAACGUCAGUUUGCGUAACCUGUCCUUGGGAGGCUUUUCUCAGAUCCAGAUUAAGUUUUUUUCAGGGCUAUAAAACACAAAAAACUUUCAACCAAAGUGUCUCCAAAUUUGUGUUUCGGUUUGAGGAAGUGUUUUGGUGAGUUAAAUGUCCAGAACUAUUAUUGGCCUGCAAAGAGCCCUAACCUUUACGCAGUGGUACACCUUUGUUUGGGCCUCCAAGUCCAAUACUUGCGCCUGACCCUAGGUCUAAUGGGCACUAUUUCGGCAGCGGUAUUUCAUCAUGAAUGUCCAACAGGACACUAGCUUUGCUGAAAAACUCAUUCUGAUUGGGUUCCAAGCAGAAAACUGGCAGGUUUUUCCAUUGAAUUAGUACAUCUUGGAGGCAGUUUCCUCUUGGACAAACUACACCCUUCACCAUAAGGCUCCAACUAUCAGCACUGGAUUGCUGCUUGUUAACUACAUACCAAAAGUUUCCUGCUUUAAUGAGACAUUGGCCUAUUAAAAAACACAUCACGUAGUCUGACUUUUACUGGCAUAAAUGUGGAUCUCACUGAUGAAUAUUAUUGAAGCUGAGCUGUCUUGAGCCUUUUUACUUAUGAAAAGCAAGAUUGCAGAGAAUGUCAUCAUCCUCUGACUUGAACAUCAGAUACUGACAUCAGGUAGUAUUUUUUUCUACAGAUUGGAAAUAGAGAAAGAAAGAAAUAUCCAUAAGAUAAAAUCAAUAACAUGCUCAAAAUGCAGUUAAGUAGAUUUGAACUUAUUUAUUUGGCAUCCCCUGGAUUUAAAGGUAGAGAUCCAGCUAUUGGAGGGAUUAACCUGGUUUUAUUUUUCCCUCUGUCAGUAUUCAACCUGCAGCUCUAAUCUGCUCCCUGCUCAUCACCAUCUGUCAUCUGUAAUCUCAACCACCACUGCCCCACCCUGUACUCACUCUACACUCUCUGCCUCUGUCUCAUUCCCCGAUCCUGGCCUUAAAUAGACCAGGACGAGCGGGCGGGGUGUUGUACUCUCACCUGCACCCUUCCUUUCAUCCAUAGGAAUGGGCCAUCCUGUACUCAGGAUAUGCAGUAACCGCGAUGCAUUUCUGACUUGUCACCGAGGCAGUUCCGUAAAUGUCAGAGGAAGUGCUGAUAGAGCAUUUGAACCAGGUAGCUCAUUAUUUCCAACAGAGACUCCAGUUAAAGAGGCAUAGCAUAUAUCACAUAAGUGUCUGCAUAGAGGCUGCACUAAAGGCCACAAUCUGCAAAGCUAGGCGAUCAUUAAAGAAGCAGUGUCAUUUGAGUUGAUCAUUACCCCUGCUUUUCACUGACCUGCCACAGCCUCUCCAUCGCCCACUCUGCAUGCAGACUCUGGGCACUGCAUGUAUGGAAUAGAUAUCAUGAUAAUGUGUGGUGAAUUUUCCAUUUCAUAAAAAAAAAGUAACUUGAUAGUAAAACUAUAGUUUGGCAUCAUCAAGCUUCUAGAUUGAUAAUCUGUUCACAUAAAAACUCAUACUUCACCAAAAACAUUCUAAUGUGAUGAAAGAACAGUCAAAAAGCAAGUCCUACAUUUCAGUUACAUUUCCCCAAAUUUGUCACAGUUAACAGUUCAGGAAUCAGUGCUUUUUUUUUUUUUUUUUUUUUACCUUUUAACCUAAUUUAUUUAUGCACGAUAAAAACAUACAAAAAAGUGUAUUUUUUAAUUUUGGAUUGUAUUGAUUAGAAAAUAAACUUAGCUAAUGUUUUAAGAAGCGAAUGUUUAAAUAAAAAAUCACAUCAGUAUUUUCAAGGGAUAUCACACUUGAGGUCAUAACCAUGAGUAUUGUUAUCAUGUUUCAGGUCAUAGGUUAUGUCAAUCAGUCCCUUGUUUAGAAGGAGCUUCAAGGACAACGGACAGUCAAAAUUUGGAGAAUGUUGAAUAAUAUUUUAUCCUUUCGAACCAUUUUAAAAAUGUGUUUUUAUAUUUUGCUGUUGACCUUUAAGGCCCCAGAUAAAUACUGCCUUACUUCCCCAAGUUCACUCUCCAGCUAGAGCACUGACCAUGCAUUCACACCAAGCGCGAUUAAAAACAUCUACUCGCUUUAUUCACAUGUAUCUAGACGCGUCAAGUAUUUACUCGCUUCAUACGUACGAAUGAAACAAGUCAUUUACACAAAUGAUUCACUCUACAAUAAUAAUCAUUUAGUCCAUUCACACAAUUCGCAUCAUUUGCACCCUUAGGGUAGAAAAGAGCAUCUACUCGCGUCUUUGCAAUGACUUUGCAUGUUAUUUAUUCACGCAAAUGAUUUUACUCGCGCUGGGUGUGAAUGCCCCUUGAGGCCGACCAGUCAGCUGCUCCUGGUUAUCUGGCAACAACGGCAUUUGUAUCCGCUGCCCAUAAAAUCGAUACAGUCUAUUGAAUGUUUUAGAACACCCCUAACAUUAGUGACUGUUUGGUUUUCAGUUUAAAUAACUAUGUUUUGGAGUGAAACAUUUGUCAAGCAAAAUGAUGUUUGAUCGCUGACAGCUUUAGUAGCACAAAUGUUCAUUAUGCUGUCUAUCUUUACUUCACCUAAGCUGUCAAACAAAACAAUGUUGAAGGACUGGAGUACAGGAGUGUCAUCAUUUGUAUUGGGAAUAUUAGCCUUAGUCCAGUUUCUUGGCAAAUGUAUCCAUUCAUUUCUUGAUUUGUUUGAUGGAAAUUCUUUGUAGACCAGAAGGGUUUCUCAUCGAAACCCCAGAUUUAGGCUUUUAUCCCUGAUCGAGACUUAAGGGACCUAGCAAGCUGGAAACUUAGUCAAAUGCUCAGGUUGUAACAGACAGAAAAGUUAUCAAUUCACAUUGUUAACACCAGUGUCUGCCCGUACAGCACUCAAACCCUGUGUUGUUGGAGAGCUUAAAUGAAUAAAAACAGUCAAUAUAUGGUCUAUUAACUAUUUCUGUUGAUAAAGUAGACACUCACUUUUCCCAGCCGUGAUACUGAGUAGAAUUACACCAAUUCUUCUGGCAAAUUCAGGCACCAAAACUUUUGCAGACUGAAUUUUCCAUCAACAGUUUUAAGCUCAUUUUCUGCAGCUCUGCGUUUGCAGGACUGCACACUGUGUCCAACACGAGUCUCAGCAGUCUCCUGGUUCCAAGAAUUAAGGUCCUUGACUAAGUCUACUCUAAAAGACUUCUGUUAUUCACUCAGAGUCAUUAUGGAGCUGAAAAGAUUUUUUUUUUUUGCUCCAAAGAGAAAAUUAAGUCUCUAAGAUUUUCAGUGUAGCAAAAUAGCCACAGUAGACUCUUUUGGCCAAAUGGAUGGAUGGACACCUGGAAAAAAGUAACACAACAAGAAGUAUCCAGAAAGGAGGUAGACAACAUGAUUAGGAGCCAGGAACUGAGUCCGAUCAGUCUCAGGUGCUGGAGGUUAUUUCCCCCCAAUUUUUGUUUCUGUUGGUUACAUCUUUAUCACCACAGCAACAACAUUCCUUUGCUGAAUUAUCAUGUAGACUGUGCAUGAGUCGUGUCUGUUAUGCUGUUGUUCCUGUAGUUGCCAUGGCAACAAAGAGAGGGUGAGAAAUUCAAAAAAAUUCAACCUGAGAAUAUGCCAGCUCAUUCAUAAGUGACCUUGCCUCUUCUUGCCACCAUCCGCUGGUUUAAAGAGAAAACAAUGACGGCUGCAACAUUGACUGCUGACCAUCUGAAAGCACCUUUAAGUUGCUCCAUGACAUGCAGCAAAAUAAUCCCGAACUAACCCUAUUAGUAGAGCAGACAAAUGCAUAAUAUAGCCCGAAUCGUUCAAACAUGAAAUUUGGUACAUAUACUCAUCAAACCCCACUCUUUUCAAAAAUAAUGUUAGCCACGCAAAAUUCUAAGAUGGCGGCCCCAAAAUCCAAGAUGUCUGCCCCAAAAAUGUGUUUUUUCCUUUAUAACUCUAAAUGCCUUGAUUUUAAGCCCCAUACAUAUAUUGAAGUUGAAUAUAAAGUUGUGUAUUGCAGACAUUUUGGUACCUAGUACAUUUCUGUAUCCAUUACGGUUCUUGAGAUACAUCAUAUAGAUACUUGUACAGAAUUGGAAGAGUGAGAAAUUUGUAACACCGAUUGUUGUUACGUGCAUAUGGUUAUAUGAAAAUAUCAUUUCCAUUAUCUAUUAUUUUCAUGAGGCUUAUAACAUUACAUUUUGAAAACAAGAUGGUGUCCAAGAUGGCUGCCAUUGCCUUGAAGUAAUCCGAUCUUAGUGACUAUGAAACAUUUACUUUUGGCAUGCACAUAUUUUUGGUCUAUGCAUCCAAUGGGGCCAUUGCAGUACAAAAUUUAGACGUUUAUACAGUACAAGCUUGCAGAUGUAAUAGAGUGAAUAUCGGCACACAACCAGGACACACUGGUGAUAUCACUGCUCUGUAACUCAGCAUGACCUCCAGGAGUUCUUUCAGCAUGAGAACCAGUCCUUCCCUGUUGCAUUGAGCAAGGGUGGAAAAUUGAACACUUGCCAGAAGUCUCAGCUGACCUCUAUCCUUGAGAAUUAUGUCCCACCAGUUGACAAGGAACCUGAGGCAGACGUUCUCAUUGUAGAUGGGUCAGCUUUGGACCACGCCCUGCCACCAAAAAGAUCCAAGACUUUUGAGGACAUCGGGUCUCCCUGUCCUCGCACGCAGACAAAAUGACAAGAAAAACUAAAUUUACGGCGUGCGAGGUGGAGGUGCUGGUGGCGGAGGUGGAGGAGCGACAGCGUGUUUUGUUUGGCAGCCUGUCCAGUGGCAUCAGUGCAAAACGGAAACGCUUGGAGUGGGAGAAAGUUUGCGAGAGGGUGAACGCGGUGGGUUCCGAGACACGCACCCCCGCGGGGAUUAAAAAAAGUGGUCGGACCUCAAGGUGGAGGUCAAGCGGCGUACAGUUCCCCCCGGAGGAGUACUGGCCAGACAGGUGGGGGUCCGGGGGAGGAGACCCUCACACCGUUUGAGCAGCGGGUGGUGGCGAUUAUUAUUAUAGGGUAAGUGGCGUGUCACACAAAUGUCCACAUGCUUUGUCAUCCCACUGAGCAAAAGACGUAUAUUAGACGUCUAGUCUAAGUUUAUACUUCAUUUCAACCUCGGGAUUCAGUCUAUUUUUAGACGUGAUUUAUACUUCGCCCUUAACUUCACUUUUCGAUAACUUUUUAUGCAAUAAACAACUGUAAUGUGCAUAACCGACCUCUAAAUACUGGAUUACAUUACCUAUGAUACCGUGGAGAGAGAUGUAAACGCAACAGAUACACAGAAGCAGGAAUUGAAAUGAACAAAUAUUUUUAUUGUGACACAGAAAUCAACGUGUCGGCCGUGUCGCCGGCUUGCGGAACCCCGGCCCGCGGCAGCCCGUCCGCCGGCUCAGAGUCGUCGGCCAGGACCAGCGGCAUUCGGGCCACCCCGGCCCCCGGCCCCAGCACCAGCAUCAGCACCAGCGCGCCGACAAGCGGUGGAGCGUCCACCAGCCGCAGCGCUUCCGCUGGACGCAGUGGAAGGGUCCUCGCGGAGGGGGUCCUGCAUUCGCAGGAAGAAAUCAUCAGGGGGAUCGCGGAUAUCAACGAGCGGCUGGACCGGCUCGUAAAUGUCCUCGAGCGUCUGGUGGAGAAAAUAAAUUAAUUUGGCUCAUUGAACUGUGUAUUCACUUCUUACCCAUUCACACUGUGGCGAUGAGAUUCUCCCGCGCGAGGACGGCGGCCGGCGGUGAUCAGCUCGCAUCCCUCCGUCUGCUGCUGGUAGUCAUGUGGGGCGACGUGCUGCUCGGCCACGGGGAUGUGGUGCACGCUUGUCACAUAGUGAGUCACCAAACACCGCCACACAGUGUCGCCAAAGUGCGAAUCACAGUCAACGCAAAUAUCAGCUCAACGCCAAUUUCUACACCACCUCCUGACUUUGCGUUGAUUAGCGCUGGAACCGACGCUCGUUUCGUGAUGAUAAAUCUGGACGUGUGCGCCGAUUUUGGCGUACGCAAGGUUUUCUUGCGCCGCAAACGUUGAUACAUGAGGCCCCAGGAGUUCUUUCAGCAUGAGAACCAGUCCUUCCCUGUUGCAUUGAGCAAGGGUGGAAAAUUGAACACUUGCCAGAAGUCUCAGCUGACCUCUAUCCUUGAGAAUUAUGUCCCACCAGUUGACAAGGAACCUGAGGCAGACGUUCUCAUUGUAGAUGGGUCAGCUUUGGACCACGCCCUGCCACCAAAAAGAUCCAAGACUUUUGAGGACUAUGCAGUUCUCAACUUCCUACCUGUGAUCUACAUGUACUCCAGCAAGUACACAAUGACACAUCUGGUCUUUGAUGUGAAAAACCCAUCAAGCCUUAAAGCUGAGACCAGGUCCAAACGUGGUGAGGGGGGAAGACACAAGGUAAUAAAUAAGAACACCAUGCUAUCUAACUGACAUAACUUCCUGUGGCACAGUGACAACAAAACAGAGUUGUUCCACCCUUGCCGACAAGGUUGCACAAAUGUCGUCACAAAGGGACCUGCUGUCCUCAGCACUCAUGCAACUGGUCUUGACGGACUGGAUAAAUGCUCUCACGAGGAAGCGGACAGCCGCAUCUUUGUGCACGCCAAAUAUGAAACUGGUAGCCAAUCCAUCAUGAUCAAGGCAAAUGACACAGAUGUUCUGAUCUUAGCAAUAAGUGUAUUCAGCGGUCUCCAAGAGGCUGGCCUACAGCAUAUGUGGCUUGCAUUUGGGCAAGGUCAGACUCUGCGCUGGAUCAGUGUGCAUGACAUAUUUCAGCAUGUUGGCCAGGAGAAGGUCAAAGGCAUGCUCCUCUUCCAUGCCUUUACAGGAUGUGACACUGUGUCUGCCUUCCGCAACAAAGGCAAAAAAAUGGCUUGGCAUACAUGGGACAUAUGUCCAGAAUCCUUGCCUGUAUUCGCCAAACUGGGUAUUUACCCUCCCACAGUGGAGGACUGUGACACAGAGGUGCUUGAGAAGUUUGUCAUUCUCAUGUAUGACAGAUCCAGCACAGCUGCUACUGUGGAUGAGGCCAGGCUUGACUUGUUUGCCAGAAAGCAGAGGCCCUAUGGGUCUAUCCCACCAACCAGAGUAGCUCUACUCCAACACACCAGGCGUGCUGCCUAUCAGGCUGGUUGUGUGUGGGCCCAGGCAACCCAAUGUCAGCCAGAAGCAAAGGACUCUGCAGACUGGGGAUGGCAAAAGGUUGGUGAGGAAUGGCAGGUCUUCUGGACAGACAACUCUCCGAUAGCCAAGACAUGCGAACAGCUCACCAAAUGUGGCUGUAAAUCUGGCUGUUGUGGCAGGUGCAAGUGAUACAAAUUGGGUCUCAUGUGUACAGCUCUGUGCAGUUGAAACUGUGAGGUGUAACUCACAGUAAGUAUGCUGUAUCUUACAAACUGUAAUAGAUGCACAUGGUACUAAAAUACCUGCUUUUAUCAACGUCUAAAUUCUGUACUUAGCUUAGAUGGGAUCUGGAAAAAUUAGGGAAUUUUGUAAACUUCUGAAUUUUAGUAUAGUGUUAGGUAUGGGUAUAAGGUUUUUAAAAAACACCGCAAACGAGUUGAGCGCAUCCCCUAGUGGUCGGUUUGCAUGGUAUUUAAUGUUAGAUAGUUUAGUAUAUGGUUGAAACCCAAAACAAGUGAUAGAAGAGAUUUAUUUAAAAAGAGCCCCAAAAAAAAAGAAAAAAAAAAAGGGGUGGGGGUGGGGAUAAAGACAGACUCCACGUGGCCUCCCCCGCAAGUAGCCAGAGAGUAGUACACAUACCUAACACCAUAACAAAAAUCAGAAAAUUGUCACAAAAUGCCUCAUUUUUAACUUUUUAUGACAAGUUUCAUCCUUCUGAAUUCAUGAUUCAUCUCUGCUGAAUUCAUGAUUACUUCAAGGCAAUGGCAGCCAUCUUGGACACCAUCUUGGUUUUCGAAUUUCAUGUUAUGACCCUAAUGAAAAUAACAGAUAAUGGAAAUGAUAUUUUCAUAUAACCAUAUGCAUGUAACAACAAUCGGUGUUACAAAUUUCUUACUCUGCCAAUUCUGUACAAGUAUCUAUAUGCUGUAUCUCAAAAACCGUAAUGGAUACAGAGAUGUACUAGGUACCAAAAUGUCCGCAAUACACAACUUCAUAUUCAACUUUAAUAUAUGUAUGGGGCAUUAAUUCUGCAGUUGACUUUGCAAAGUCAGCAGAAAUCGUUUAUAUCCGACGUCUUCUGCAGAUAUAAAAGAUUUCUGCCGACUUUGCAAAGUCAACUGCAGAAGUAAUGGCAUUCUGAAUGAACGGCGCUUUGAAAAGUCCCACAGCAUAUGUUAGACGUCACCAUCUACACAUGGACCAAUCAGGGGCUGCCUUUCCCUGUUGUCUGGGUAACAGUGGAAACACGGUCUCUGAUUGGCCCGGUUAUUUUCUGACCGGGAAUACACGCUCCCAAUGGGCCGAAGUCCAGACUGUUGUGGGAAGGAACGGCAAGUGAUUCACGCAACAGGAUGGCCCAGCCAGGCUAAAACAAUCAACCCUCAAACCAUGUUGUAUGACGAGUUUGUACCUGCUGGCAGGUAGGUUUUUUUGGCUAGCCUUUAGCUCCUAUUUGCAGACUGUGUACUAAGCUACAAUACCAUACUGCAGGAGGUUAAGCAUCAGACAGGCUGUAUCAAUCUUAUUGUAUCUUUCUUAUUUAAAGGCAUGGUUGAUGAUUGGAGAAGCAGUUGAAAAAAACUGAGCUGUUGAGGCAGAUUUGAAAAAAGCGUCCCACCCCCACACUCAGACCUCUCCUCUCUGUGCUCCACGAUAACUCCCCCCCCGAACCUGUAUCGCCCUCCCCACGACACAUCCCUUCUGGCAGAGUAAGAGGCCGGCCGGCUGAAGAUCCUACGCUAGCUUCAAAUAGGAUUCACCAUGUCUGAUUGCUAGAGACUAGCGGCAGUAAACGCCAGCGCUGCUAGUGAGCACCAUCUGCUGCUGCCUGGACAGCUACAGUGUUGACAUUGCAGAGACUCAUAAGAGUUAUUUUUGUAACGUGCCAUGAUCAAAGGCAAAAAUUACCUGUUGAACAAAAACUCUGUUUUCUCGGCAUCUGUUUUCAGGCCCAAAUCCUGGUGGAGCGUUCUCCACCAGCCGAAGGAUGACCUGAUGUUUAUUGGGGUUAGAUUCCUUGCUUGGUCACAUUUCCCCUCCGACUCUGCCCUUUCUUCUCUCAGCUUGCGUUUUCCUAGCACUUCCAAGUGUAAUGAAAAGUGCCUAAUAUAAAAUGUAAUUGUUGUAUCCAGAUUACAUACUAUGUACAUACGAUGUACUGGUUAAGGUUUUUGUUAUUGGAAUCUCCAUGCCCCUACCCGGUCCUUGAAAAAAGUUUCCUGCAUGAAACUGGACCCUGGUACAAAAAAGGGUGGGGACCACUGCUGUAAAUGCUUGAGUCGUGUCUUAUGACAAAUAAACUAUAAAAUCUACAUUGUGAAUAGUCGAUGUGGACGAUGUAAAAACACGGGUGUUUCUGACACCUACCACAUCGCUCUGGUUUCAGGCAUAAAAAACUGCAGUAAAAAUAUAAUUGUUCUUGUCACCGAUAGUCUCUUUUGCUUUUGUACAUCAUAAAGAAGCAAAUAUGAAUUUCAGCCUUUUUCAUGGAUAUCAAAAAGAAGCUUUAAUUACUUUAACUCUGGACAGGCAGAUAGAACUAGGGUUAUUUUUCCUGCUGGGUCACUUCACUGUAUUUUGAAGGCAUGCAUGAUGUACUCAUGAUUGAUACCGUUCAGUCCUGCCUGAUAAGAAAAUAAAGUGGGGGAAAAAAAUCAAACUUGUGUUUGAGCAAAAGGUUGUGUGGAGAACAUGCCGCAGUGUAAAAGACAGCAUGUUCAAACAGCAGCUUCAAAAGUCUCAGAGGAAUUCAAAACAAAUUCAAGCUCCAUAGGCCAUGAUGGGAUCUUGCCUCUGUCACACCUCUAUCCAUAUGAAACAUCCCUGAGAUGCAGUACAUCUGCACUCACACACUCACAUGUGCCCUGUAGUUUCCCUGGAAAGCUGUUCAGAAAUCUCUCAGUUGUGGUCUCGGCUGCUGCAGCUGAUGGCUUUGAACUCGGCUCCUCUGGGGGGACUCCGCUGUCUUCUUCCCGAUGCAUGUGGAGCCCAGAGGCUUGUUUCUCACUGCUGUGAAUUCAUAAAUAAUGACAAUUCGCAGCCUCUUUGACAUACAAAGUGCGAUCACAUCGGCUCAGCACCCCUGACCCUCUAUGGCGACUGAGAAGGACGAGACUGUAAGGGGGAAGAGAGGGGAGAGGGUGCAGAGAUCAAAAGGAACUUUGCGGUAUCUGAUCAGGAGACUGUUGAUCCCGGUUAGGUGCUUGGUUGUUAUUUCCCUCAUGUGCUGGUGUAUUGCACGAAUACAGUAUCGUUCCCCAGAAGACAGCUGCACAGAAUAAACCCUGUCUUGUAAGACCUUUCUUCACAUGCAGCUCAUUCUGAAUAUUUUUACGGAUAUCGCUACAGGCCAUGAAGAGGUUCUGCAUAGCAACGAGAACACUGAAGAGUCUCUUGUCAGGCAGCUUUCAAACACACAUCCAUUAUCUCCCCUGAGAGUGUCAAAUUAGCACAGUGCUAACAGGUGGCUUUCUAACAGAUGCCAAGUAGAGAGAUUGAGGUCAUGUUUGUUUAAUCGCCUCGGGGGUCAAGUUCCAGAUGGAUUUGACUUCUUUUUCUUCUCCACCAGCAGAAGAGGGAGACUUGUGAAGCACUGAUACGUGUUAUAGCGCUGAUCUGCAAUUAGAGCUCCCUGCAAAGUGCAAAGUUGUGGAGAUACCAAGAUUUCACAUUUAAUUUUGACUUUUUAACAUUUUGUGUGCUUCCACCUUUAGACGUUAAGCAAUGUAGUGAUAAGUGGUUGACUUUCUUUUAGGGUGUUUGAAUAUUAUUAGUCAACUUUAGUUCAACUUUACUUUGAAAAAAGCUGGGAAAGGUCUGAAUCUGUAAAUAUUUACCUAAUCAUCUCAUAUGGAUGUUUAUUUGCUUCAAGAUCAGUUGAUAUAUUCCUCUUCAGUCUUAACUUUCAUCACAGAUAUGUUUCAUUUCUGUCACUGCUAUGCUAACUCAGGGUGUGUUUGAAGGGUUUGUCCAUCACUUUAGCUCAUUCUGACACAUAUCAACUAUUAUUAGCAAGACUGACAUGAGGGUUCAAGCUUUUAUUUAUGCCCUACAAUUAUGAAUAAUUAAAAAUUAAGUUUCCUGACCUUCCAUAUCAGCCUGUUCUCAAUCCCACAUCAAUGAGCAUGGUCAGGCCCUUCAUGUUGAAGUUCAAUCAAUCAAUCAAUCAAUCAACUUUAUUUGUAUAGCACAUUUAAAAUAACCACAAGGGUAGCCAAAGUGCUGUACAGUGACAUAAAAACAAAUAAAACAAUCAAAAAACAAGAUAACGCAAGCAGAAAUACAGUAAUGCAAAAGAAUAAAUAAGUGUAUAAAUAAGGAGGCUCACAGCAAGUGCUAAAAUGAUAAAAAACAAAUUAACACUACAAUGUACUAAAAGCCAAUGAGUAAAAGUGCGUUCAUAUCUGUUCAGUUUUCUUACCUUUGGUGGCCUAAGGCUUACUCAGGAGCAGAAACAUGAGGAGGAGGAGAAGACAAACUUUUAAUUUCCCUAAGAUAAUUAGAAAUCCAAUGCAAGGCCAACUGUCAAACUUGACUUUCUUAAAGGAGACCUAUUAUGUGUAGCAUCUACACUUUUCUAUGCAGUGGUCUGCUGGGGGGCAGGGAGCACCGAGAGGGACAGGAAGAGACUGAAUAGACUGGUCAGGAGGGCCAGUUCUGUCCUAGACUGUUCUUUGGACUCCCUGGAGGAGGUGGGUGAGAGGAGGAUGUUAGCAAAGCUUGUAUCCAUCAUGGACAAUCCCUCUCACCCACUGCACCAGACUGUGGGGGCUUUAAGCAGCUCCUUCAGCAGCAGACUGAGACUUCCACCUUGCAAGACGGAGUGCUACAGCAGGUCAUUCCUCCCCUCUGCAAUAAGACUUUACAACGAACUGUAAUAAUAGCUGGACACACACCACCACUUUUUGUGUAUGUGUAAAUUGUGUAUAUUGUAGAUAGUUUUAUUUUUUCUUCUCCCUUUUUCCUUUUUCUACAUUUUUUCUUAAUUAUUACAUUUAUUUAAGUUCUUAAUAUUAGGAUCUGUAUUUUUAUAACUGCAUUUUUGCACUCUUUGUCUGUGAUGCUGCUGUGACAAAAAAAUUUCCCCCACGGGGGAUCAAUAAAGGAAUAUUCUUCUUCUUCUUCUUCUUAUGCUGAUCUGUGUUGUAAUACAUAAUUAUUGACCAUAGACUAGCAGACAGUUUAAACAAUGACCUUCUACACCCCCAAGAGAGGAUGCCGUCUUCAAACUGCUUCUCUUUAAACCUGCCUUCUCUUGCUGCUUUCUUUGCAAAGUGCUUUAAAACCCCGCUCCACCCUAGCUCUUCCAUUUUAUACUCACUAUGUUUACAUGCACACCAAAGUUGAGCUACAGUUAUAGCUCCAUGGGGACAUUUCAGGGAUCUCCUGUCAAGCUAAUUUAUUGACAAGAGUGUGUCUUCCUUUGCUGCGCUAGGUGGCAAUAUGCCCCCUUUUAGCCUGUUAUUACUGGACGAUCUCCUGGUUGAUCAACUACAACACAUGCUAAAACAGUCAACAAAUGCAUUAGCAAGAGGCUAACAGAAUGUAGAUAAAACGAUGAAAACACUGACAACAUCUCAGCUCUGUACCUCUCAUAUGUACGAUACCACAGCUUUAUCUCCUUUUAAAGGGAUAUUCUGGCAAAAAAUUUUGUAAGGGUCAAACACAUCGUAUCACCGAGUUAGACAACCCCUCGAGAGAUGACUGUUGCCGACCGCUUGCUUCUCAACUUUAGUAACGACCGCACGGUAGCAAUACGCAGUGGUCCCAGGAGCCACGCGCUCAACCAAAAAGCCACUCCAGAGCCACAAAUAAUGCUCAGAACAGCACCUAACUUCAUCAACUGUACAUGUAGGGUCACAGCCAUAGUACUAGCCAACAAACAUCUUUUUAGCUUUCCAUGAUUUCUUUAGCAAAGAGACUAAACACAACUCACCUACUCUCUUCCAGCAGCUGCUUGUUUAAACAGAGACCUCGAACGAGUUGAUCACUGACUGCAGUGGGGUGACGCAGCUCAAGGAAGAACGUUUAUGAUCAUUUCUUCAUUAAUUUGGAGAUACUAAGGCAGAAGACCUAUCGUGUCUGCAGUGCAAAAUGGUUAAUAUGAUGAUUAUUACUUCAAGGAAAUUAUAAAGUAAAGAAACCAGGCAAAGCUAAAAAGAUGUUUGAUGAAUAGUUCUAUGGCUAGGACCCUAUAUGUACUGUUGAUGAAGUCAGGUGCUGACCGAACCUGACCGAAUCAACACAGCUGAAACCGCAUUAAAUUAAAUAAAAUAUCUAGUAAAUAGACACACAUGAUGAAGUUAACAAGAUAUUUAAUUUGUCUCCCUCCUUUUCUUUCUUCCUCUUCCUCUUAUUUCUUGCGCAGCUCGACCUGGACAUGUCUCCGUGUCCUCUCUCCGUCCUGCUGCAGCUGCUUCUGCAGUGGCUGAAAAGAUGAUUUGUUUCAGUGAUCAGAUGCGUUAUUUACUUUAAGCCGACAUACGGAUAUUGUAAUAUUCAGUUUUGUGAGUCAAAUUUAUUUUAUAUGCCAACAUCUAUGAAAGAAAGAGCCAGGCCAUGGAGCGCGAUGCGUCAUUUACGCACAGAUGGUUCCGACUUUAAUGCCAUUUAUGGAGUUUAUGUUGUGAUCUGUGCGCACAACCGAACUUUGUCACGUGAGGUUUAAAUAUCUGCAACUUUAUGUGAGUGUCUUAAUUUGUGGAAAGGGUGUUUGUCUUACCAGUGGUUCCAACAUUACACACACCAAAUCCAUCUGUGCUUAUAUGAGAGAGUGUGGAGGACGCCCAAUGCAGCGCUUACACUGACACUUGAUGAGGAGCUGCCUUCUGUCGGUAUCGUGUGGCAUUACUGUCUUCAGACAUCUCUUGAUCUCUUUGACUACCUGACGAAAAUAAUAAUAUGCUGCGCCGGUGGCGGAUUUAAAGGCAAGGAGAGGAGCUGAUGUGAUUGGUGAAAACAGGUCUCGGCUGUGUUAAACCCACUCCACGCCCUCUCUUCUCCCACGCUACGACUUACGCCGCUGGGAGGAGCUGAGUUAGGGAGGGGGGAUACUUACGCCAGGCUGCACCGCUCACCUAAAUACCAAAUUGUGCUUGGGAACGCCUUGUCGGCGUGGCGGACCUGACUUACGCCGCACCUGCGGCACGUCUCCGGCGAGGCACGAACAUAGAGCCCAUAGUGUCAUAUGUAUUGUCUGGUGCCUGCUCCAUUCUGUUCUGUCCCCUGGGGUCUUUGCUGCUGCUCUCCCUGCUGCAGGCUUUGGAAUUUUGAGGACACUUGUAGAAGGGCAGGGAGCUCUCAGAGCAAAGCCAUACUGCCAAGAUUAACUAUUGCUAAAAGAAAUAAGAUAAGAGAUUCCUUUAUUCAUCCCACAAGGGGAAAUUCCAAAUUUACAGAAUUAAUAAAUACAAAAGAGAAAUUUAUAAUUAAGAAACUUAACAGUUAAAAGAAAUGCUUUUUGGUAUGCACGAAGUCAUACUGACUGAAAUAAUGUUGCAGUGUAUCAAAUCUCAGACAUCCUACCCAGCAGCUCCAAUGCAGCUCUUUCAAGGACAGGUCACACAAAAGCUUAUUCAAAUAUUUGCACACCUGGAAAGUCUGUUUCCCCACUCAGCUUUCCCUCCACUUUGCACUUUGUUGAUUCAGUAUAUCUUGAAAAGUUGCCUAUGAGUGUUUCGUUGUGAAGGAAAGUCACAGCUACUCUCUCUUCCCAAAGACAAAGGCACAAAAAACGGUGGGACAUUUUUAUCUUUUUGGGACAACAACAGCUGUUUGUGCUCGCCACUUCACUAUUAACUCCUCCAGAGACAAAAGCCCGUAUAAGCUGCAUUUGCAUCUCAAUUGUUACCGAAAGCAAAGGCUGUUUAAUCUACAAAGACCUUCCAUGACAGCUGGGAACCACAAACUGUAAGUAACAUUAGAACAGCAGGCAAUGAACAAUAACUAAUGUAAGCUGAUUUCAUGUACUUGACUUCAGUGUCACAAUAUUGUGAUUAUUUGCUGCAGUUUGGAUUUAAGGAAAAUUCUUAGAGGAAGAGAGUGCUUGCCAUUCUCCAUUUUUUACCAUAACUUACACCCCUAAGUUUUUCAGAAAGCUGUUGGAUAGUGCUGAAAUGAAGGUUUUCACAGACGCCUGUAUAAUUAUGACAGAGUUACAAUAAAAAAAGUGUUUAUCAAGCCACAAAACAUGGAGCUUCUUUAUAGAUGUCCCAGACUGUGUCUUUACAUUGAGGUAAAAAGUAUGUGACAGACCAGACUGACUUAAGUGUAAGAGUUCUUCUUGUUUAGCCAAAAUAAGACAAGAAGAACUGUAUUUAUCCCCAGGGGGAAAUUCGAUAUGGUAAUAAUAAUAAUAAUGAUAAUAAUAAUAAUAAUAAUAAUAAUAAUAAUAAUAAUAAUAAUAAUAAUACUGUGGUAUUAAUUCAAAUAAAUAAAUGGUACCACCUAAGCUUAAGCGUAAGACAGAUCUAAACAACUUGAGCAAAAGCAUACCACUUUUGUAGAUUUAAAAUAACCGGUAAAUUCUGAUAGAUCGUGUGUGUUAUGAUCCUUGAGGCCCUUUCCAUUAAAGCAGAAACAGAGCUGACCUUCAACAAAUUAUAAUAUUAAAGCCACGAUGAGGAAUUUUCAGCACCUGUUGAUUUUGGAGACCCCUGUAGAAAUCUUGUGGUGAUCUUGAAGUGUUUUAAGAAAGAAAGCACAUCCUGUUGUCUUUUCAGGUGAAAUCUAUCACUCAUCUUGAAUGUUUGCUGUCGAAAACACCAAAGUAGGCCUUUUUUGGCCAGCUGUCAAUCAUCUGGUCUGACACCUAUCCCCCAACAGUGGAUUUUAAGCAUAAAAAAUUCCUCAACCACUGUUUCUCAACCAGUUCAUAAAUUAAAUUUUUUUUUUAUUGUCAGCCAGCUUUUAAGUUAAAUAUCUGUAAAUGAAAAAAUUAAAGCCAUGGAGUUGGAGGCCUUGGUGGAGGAGUCAAAUAAACACAAACUGGUGAACUCCAGUAGAAAUACCAUGCCUUGAAAAAGUAUUUAUACUCCUUGAACUUCUUCACCUUUUGUCACUCCACAACCACAAACUUAAGAUUUUUUGUCAUAGACCAACACAAAGUAGCACAUAAUUUUGAAGUGGAACGAAAAUGGUACAUGGUUUUCAAAAAUUUAAACAAAUUAAAAUCUGAAAAGUGUGGUGUGCAUUUGUAUUCAGCCCCUCUGUGUCAAUACUUAGUAGAGACACCUUUCGCUGCAAUUACAGCUGCAAGUCUUUUGGGGUAUGUCUCUACAAGCUUUGCACACCUAGAGACUGACAUUUUUGCCCAUUCUUCUUUGCAAAAUAGCUCAAGCUCAGCCAGAUUGGAUGGAGAGUGUCUGUGAACAGCAAUUUUCAGGUCUUGUCACAGGUGCUCAAUGGGAUUUAGGUCUGGACUUUGACUUGGCCAUUUUAACACAUGAAUAUUCUUUGGUCUAAAACCAUUCCAUUGUAGCUCUGGCUGUAUGUUUAGGGUCCUUGUCUUGCUGGAAGUUGAAUCUCUUUCCCAGUCUCAAGUCUUUUGCAGCCUCCCACAGGUUUUCUUGCAGGAUGGCCCUGUAUUUAGCUCCAUCCAUCCUCCCAUCAACUCUGACCAGCUCCCAUGUCCCUGCUGAAGAAAAGCAUCCUCACAGCAUGAGGUUGCCACCACCAUGUUUCACAGUGGGGAUGGUGUGUUCAGGGUGAUGAGCAGUGUUACGUUUCUGCCACAGAUAGCGUUUUGCAUUCAGGCCAGAAAGUUCAACUUUGGUCUCAUCUGACCAGAGCACCUUCUUCCACAUGUUUGCUGUGUUCCCUACAUGGCUGGUGGCAAACUGCAAACAAGACUUUUUAUGUCUUUCUGUCAACAAUGGCUUUCUUCUUGCCACUCUUUCAUAAAGGCCAGAUUUGUGGAGUACAUGACUUAUAGUUGUCCUGUGGACAGAUUCUCCCACCUGAGCUGUGGAUUUCUUCAGCUCCUUCAGAGUGACCAUGGGCCUCUUGACUGCCUCUCUCACCAUUGCUCUCCUUGCUCGGUCUGUCAGUUUAGGUGGACAGCCAUGUCUUGGUAGGUUAGCAGUUGUGGCAUACUUCUUCCAUUUUUGGAUGAUGGAUUGAACAGUGCUCCCUGAGAUGUUCAAAGCUUUGGAUAUUUGUUAAUAAUCUAACCCUGCUUUAAAUUCCUCCACAACUUUUUCCCUGACCAGUCUGGUGAGUUCCUUGGUCUUCAUGAUGCUCUUUGUUGACUAGUGUUCUCUAACAAAGCACUGAGGCCUUCACACAACAGCUGUAUUUAUGCUGAUACUAAAUUACACACAGAUGGACUCUAUUAACUAAUUAGGUGACUUCUGAAGGCAAUUGAUUGAAUUGCAUUGUAUUUAGGGGUAUCAGAGUACAAGGAGCUGAAUACAAAUGCACACCACACUUUUCAGAUUUUUAUUUGUUUAAAUUUUUGAAAACCAUGUAUCAUUUUCAUUCCAUUUCACAAUUAUGUGUUACUUUGUGUUGGUCUAUGAAAAAAAAUCUCAAUAAAAUACUUUAAAGUUUGUGGUUGCAGAGUGACAAAAUGUGAAAAAGUUCAAGGGGUAUGAAAACUUUUUCAAGGCACUGUAUCUCAGCAUUGCCAGAGGAAACGGGAAUUUGGGAGGCCAUCUGUAAAAAGGUGAAUACUAUGAGAGCAAAACCAGAUGAUCUGCCGAUGAAAUAAAAAAGAGGACGGUAAGAUAUCCGCAGAAACACAAAUGAAAAACUUUUCCUCAAUAAAACCUCUGCAAAUAAAACCAGUGGUGGAACGGAAAAAAUCCAUCACCUAGCAGCUCAAAAAUGGCAUUACUAUUACUCUGUCGCUACUGUUUUUAUUAAUGACAGUCCAAAUAUGUUGACACACAGAAGACUCUCUCUCUCCGUUGUCUAUCAUUGUACAUGGUACGUCUGCCCCCUUCUCCCCACAAUGACCACAGCCAUUUGUAUAACGCUGUGCCAGUUUGCACCUACCUUUCCAAUGUGCUGAAUGUAGACGCAAAACCUCAGACUGCAACUAGUUUCAGAGUUAGAUAAAUUACAUUCCGGGUACUAAAUAUUUAAAUUGGCAUAGAUCUGCUCUUCCCAGUAUUUUGUGCAAUCUGAUGAUCUAUAUACAUUCAACAUAUUCAUGAAGGCAAACACGCUGAAUGGAUUGCAUGUGUUGUUUUUGCUCAUUUGACAGACGCAAUCCUUAGUGCACCCAGUUGGUAGAUCAGCUUUGCAUGGGGUAUCAAGUUUGCACAUGUUUUUAUACACCCAAAUCUUAGAUCAGGCCUCAAGUCUUGCAUGUUCAAGUUAGCAGCCCUGUCUUCUUCAGUACUGUUGAUGGUAUUCUCUAAGAUGCAACACACAGAUCUGUCGGACAGACUUUGUUCAGAGAAAAUAAUCAAAUUCAAGUCUGUAAAAAAAACUCCAUCUGUGUUUGUAGACCUAUGUAGAUAAAGAUGGUGAUUUUGUGUCUUGUGUGGUUUGAACAUGUGUGAUGGAUCUAUGGAUCUUCAUGUGUUAUGUACACUCCUUUGUUACUAUCAAAAGAUUGUACACACAGUUUUACUAUCUCUUUGUUGAAUAGAUAUAAGCCUUUUUUUUUCUUUAAAUUAGAUCUCUUGUGAGUAAUGACAUUAUCUAUUAUAAAACAUGCAUUAUAUCUGUGUUUAUUACCAUAAGAUUUACAUGAUAAGAAUCUGAUGGUGUUUGCAGGUCAGGACAUGUUUCCUGACCCAGGCGUGUUGUUUCCCACUGAAUGCUGUACUAGAUGCUAACAUAAUGUCCAGAGGAUACAGAAUAAUGGUAUUCUGGCUCAUCUUUCCUGUUUUCUCUAGUGUGUAAAUUGCAUCCAGUUAUCACCUCAGGCAGCAAAUAAGAUGAUUUAAGGAGUAAUUUGUAGAAGACGACUUUGAGGUCAAUAGAGUCCAGCAUAUCAUUUGCAUUUUGUUCCCUUUUUUCGGGUCCUCCCAGUUGUGCCAGGCGGGUAUUUUCUCACAGUCAAGUAUCUCAUACCAUCUGUCAGAAUUUAAUAACUAAAAGGUAACAUCUUAUUAAAGCGACUGCUCUCUCAGCUUCACACCCAUUUAGAGCUGAUUUUACAUCAGAUAGUGCAAAGAGGCGGCUUUAAUACAUAAACCAGCCUUAUUAUUCACUCAUUUUUCUCCUGCAGCCUUAAUAAGCUACAUAAUCUGUGACUAAAUAUGAGUUUAUGACCAAAAGAAAAAAAGGGAAAUGUGCUUAUUUUCUUUCUUGCUGACAAGGCUCUUUGAACAGAAUCAAACUGAAUUGUUGUGAGCUAAACUCUGGGAACAAAUUAGAUUUAAUAAACAAAAGUACUGCAACCAAUAAAGUUGAAAAAUGGUGAAUAACUUGCUCUGAGGUUUUGCUGCGCAGGCUAGAAUGAAAUGUCCUACACAGAUUUUGAUCAGGUUAAGUUUGGUUCUCCUGACAGCUUAUCAAAGUAACAAAUGUGUAAAAGUUUUCGAUGGAUGGACAUGAAGACUUUUUACUGAUAAAGUAGCAGUUCAGAGGCAACCACAGUGCAGAGACCAGCUUAUUCCCAGCUGCACCAUUUCCUGAUUUGAUAACAGUGGACCUUUAUAAAGCUGAAGUCUUUACUCGCCAUUCGUUUUCUCUUGUUAUUAAAUUUCACUAUUGCAUUAUGCAUGCGGGGGAAUAUUACCACAGUCUGUAUUAGAUUGUUGAAGGAGUUGUCCUUGCUGGGGACUGCCUGAGGGGAUUUUCCUUUCAGUCAGUGAGGCGGUAAACCAUGUUGUUGCACAAUAAGUCAAGCCUGUGGCCUCAACAUCACAGGAUGUGUUUCCACUGUGACUCUCUCGGCCUGACGUUCACAAUCACCAUUAAUGACUCUUUCAAGCAAGCAGGCAGUUUUUCAUGAGCUCAGAGUUCAGACUCUGCUGCAGCUUAAAGGCAGCGCUGCUACUGCUGCUGCUACUGCUGCUGUUUCUGCUUCUGUACAUACUGUGUGGAGCUGUUUAAUAUUCAAUGAUCAUGAUGGUAAAGGGAAUAAAAUUAUAAUUAUUUCUCUGAUGUAAAGCUCCUGUAAGGAACUGUUAAGUCUCAACUCUGACCCCCCUGUGGACAAGGCAUUCUUUGUUUAUCUUGUCCUCUACAUGCAUUAGUGGUGACUUGUGGAAAAAAAAACAAUAAAAAGCUCAUCUUGGUUACCUCUGACAUUUAAAUGUCUCAUUUCAUGUGAAAAUGGUAAACACAGGUCUGUUUCUCAAGCUGUUUGUCUGACACCUGUCCCUUCGUACAAGUUUCAAACAUUGAAAAAUUAUUAUACGAAAAUCAUUAUUGACUUUGCUGAUGUUCUUGUUUACUUUAAGAUAUUAUAAAAAGGCAUCAAUAUGAGUAUCAGUACAUUUCUUUGAUACAGGAAAAGUCCUGAUAGAAGCUUUAGUACUGUGAAAGUACUGUUUUCAGUUUUACUGGUUGGGACCAGACCAUCAAUACGGUGUGUUUUGUUAAUGGAGAAGAUGUCGAGGACUCAAUUGGAGUCAUUAUGCUAACUGUCUACACUUUAGGGAGGCUUUGGGGAAUCAGCCAAAGCACCUAGUUUUGUGAGACCCCCUGGGGACCCUGCAGAGAGGAGACAGCACAGUAAGCACGGUGAUCCCUUGAGCUAGAGAAUAGUUUGAAUCUACAAAAGAAGAGUUUAAAUUGAAGAGAGGAUAUUUGUGAGAUAUGAUAUUUUAGAUGACUCAGACUGAUAUUUUGUUUGGCCCCUGGCUCGCCCAUUUACUGCUGAUGUUACUUCUGACACCUGCAAAAGUUAAAGUUUGAUGGCUCUGAUGACACAGCAUGCAUUUUUAGCAUUUCAAAAUACCUUUUUGUAAUUGUUUGGGGUCUUUUGAACCAUUUUGUGAGCUGCUUUGGGCUCCAGGCGCCACACUUUUAUUCACUCGCUUUCCUUGCAAUUUUCGGAGAAAUGCCCUGAGCACCCAAACAUGAAAAACGGCUCAAUUCUGAGCACAUACAAAUAAAAAUGCAGGUUUUCCCUCCACUGUCCAACUGCAGGUCUACCAUCAGUCUUUGAAAAAAGGAACCACAGAAAAGCUGGAGGUGUUUUUUUUUUAAAUAGUUAGCUUACAGUGACUAAUGUAGAGAGACAUCCUCUUCAGGCUUGUGAAGGCUGAUGUUUGAAGCCACUGAUGCAUCUUUAGUCCUAUACUGUGCAUCAGUAAGAUACAUUGAAUAAUUUGUUUUUUUAUUACUUCAUCUUACCCAUGUGUGGCAUUAGUGCACAGCUCAGUCUGCCCAGAUAUCAGUGCUAAAAUAAUGUUAAAAAUGUCACUUUUAGGCCACAGUCUUGAAGGUAACUCCUCUCAUCGCUUUUAAAUCUUUGUAUCUUUAUCUUUGUGUCUUUUUCUGUCCAGUCAGAAAAAGACUAAAAAUAUCUCCAACCUCAUGUAUUGAGCUCUGGGAGAUUUUCUGGUGUUUUAUUGUGGCAGGAUGGUGAAAGAGUGCAGAUAUUUCUGCUGGUUCUGCAUUAUCUGAUGUGAAGAGUCAUGAUGAAGUCGGAGCCAUCCUUUAUCCCAAGGACAUGUUCAUUUUUAAAUCCCUCACCACACUCCCACUGACUCAUGUACUGAGUUGUCGUUUUCAUGUGCUGAGUUGAUUGUUUUUAUAGCUUUGAUAGGCUGUGAAAAAAAAUAUUAUAAAAUGAGAGCCUGCUAUUUGCAUCUCAUAGCCGGGAGAGCAGGAAAGAGAAAGUGAGAGGGCUUCCUGUAUUAUUGAUCCUUCAUAGACCUGACUCUGCAUGCAUUACAGCCCUACUUGUUAUGAAGCUCAAAUACUCCAGGGAUCCUGAAGCCGCCCACCUCCACAAAUACAGACAUCUGAAACUCAAAGCAUGGGCCAGCUCAUCGGAGGCCUGCAGUGUUAGAUGACAUGAAGCUGCAGCAGUGAGUCGUUCCCCUGAGUGUCAGAAACUUUCACAAACACAAACACACACCAGCUGUACUGAAGCCAAAAAAAGCUCUGCUGUCCUCAUCAGCUUUGUGUUGUGGGAAAAAAAAACACUCCUUGAAAUGUCUGACGCGCCUGCUGAUGAUGAUGAUACAUUGAUGACAUUUGAUAUUUCAUUAUUAAUUUCCUCAUGAAGUUUUAUCACCUGUUACAUCACAGUUAACUUUUCACAUUGAUCGGGAUCAUUUGGUUAUGCAACAGCUAAUGACAAAGAUGAUUCUUUGUCAUUAGACAAAGUUUGUCUGGACUGUCAGCACAUUAGGAUUUUCACUGCAACCUUUCUUUAUGGAGAAAACAUAGUGUGAAAGUAGUUCAGUAUUUUCCAUUUUUAACAAGACUUCCACCCUCUUUUCGCCUGUUUUGUUGUCAAGUUUUAAAAUAGCUUAUUGGCUUUCACACUGAGAGUUAAGUGAAAAUACUUAUUUACAGCUAAAUAGCUCAGGUUUAUUGCUGGGAAACAAAGCAGUUAACAAAACCUGGACAGUCUAUGUAAAGACCAGUGGCGAUUGCUCUAAGACUGCAAGGGAAGCUCAGCUUCCCUUAAAAUGUCAACCCCCCCAAAAAAAGAAAAAGUGGUGAAAUACGUACUGCUGUGUGUACAUUUCAUUAACUAAAUACGCGCUAGAAAGCCUUCAUCUUUUGUUCAGAAUCAGCUUCUUAUCACACUGUGAUAAGAAGCUGAUAAUCACAGGUAACUGGCACAACUUCGUUCUCAUUCAUCCUCUCAGCGCUUCACACAGCCGGACGCUCAGCGUCUUUCAAAGUGGGUUGUUCCAGCAGCGAAACUAGACGCUCAUUGGAUAAAUGCUGGGCUUUGUCCCGCCCAUCGGACACUCAGCGUCUCUGGAGUUCUAUGACGAGAGGGCGGUCCCAACUUUCACCCGGACGCUGAGCUUCUGCAUCCAUGAUUGGAUGUGCUGUCUGAGGCCUUUUUUGAUUGACAGCUAAACAAGCGAAUCAGCGAUCUUGAAGAAUAAAACAUCAACCAGAGCAUUUUCCAAGUUAUUCAUUCUGUUGUUCUUAACUGCGCCGGAGACUUUACCGAUCCUCAGCGACUUUUGUCUUUGUUAAAAACGACUGCCGUUGUGUUUGGCGACUCUGUUCUGUUACAUACAAAUAAACAAACAAACACAAUUAUGAUGUCGGCCAGAAAAAUGAGCUUCCCCUCCUUGAAAGACUAGCAGCCCCCACUGGUAAAGACAUACAAAAGGUGGUGUUUUCACUAUUUCACACACAUCCCAUUAGCCUGAUGCUUACAAGUUUUGUUAAUUGUUUUGGUAUGUAAUCGAUCAACUGCGAGACGGCCUGAUAGAAGUAAACUGAAAAGAGACAUGUCGUCAUCUACUGUGAUGAAGGUUGACAUGCUUCUGUCAAUAACUCCAAGUCUGCCUGGUGCUUAUGAACUGGUUAUGCAAAUGAAACCCUGGGCUCUAUUUUCGUGCUUCGCCGGAGACGUGGCACGGCGUAAGUUAGUUCUGCAUCGCGCUCCGUGGCCUGGCUCUUUCUUUCAUAGAUGUUGGCAUAUAAAAUAAAUUUGGCUCACAAAACUGGAUAUUAUAAUAUCCGUAUGUAGGCUUAAAGUAAAUCACUCAUCUGAUCACUAAAACAAAUCAUCUGUUCAGCCGCCGCAGCAGCAGCUGCAGCAGGAUGGGGAGAGGACACGGUGACAUGUCCAGGUCGAGCUGCGCGAACAAUAAGAGGAAGAGGAAGACAGAAAAGGAGGGAGACAAAUUAAAUAUCUAGUUAACUUCAUCAUGUGUGUCUAUUUACUAGAUACUUAAUUUAAUUUAAUGCGGUUUCAGCUGUGUUGAUUCGGUCAGGUUGUGUGUCCAAACGCGUGCCAAACGCGCUCAUCAGAUAAGAUAUAGAUCAGAAUAUAUCGAUAUAGAUCUAAAUGUGUGUGCUGACACGGAUUAUUAGUUGUUGAUGAUUAUUUAUUGCACUGAAAUGUGCCUGACACUGUGGAAACCUGCCGGUGAGGCAUCAUAGGCUGUAUUGGCUGAGCGAGAUUGUGUUGGUUCGUUCCACUUCGGUGGGGCAACAUAAACUGUGAUUCAUAAAAUAGCUCUAUUGAUAGUAAGUACUCAAAAAAAAUAUCUACUCAUGCCAUUCAGUCGAUUUUUAGUAAUCAGUGUUUCGGUGUCGAAUUAUUUCCUUUCUGCGGCGUAGUGGUUCUUGCACACACGCAAUCAAAUAUGCAGAGGGGUGAAGCAAUUUUUGUCACCUGGACCAAUAGGAGCCGAGUCUCGUUGCCAUAGUAUCAGAAAUACACAAACAUGGCGACGAGCGCAUCUAACAGCGAGACAAGUGAAGAGGAAGAAAAGAACAGGAAACAAAAGAAAACAGCCUUCAAAAGUGCAUAAAAAAGGAAUGAAACGAUGCUAUAUGCAUCUUUCAUGUGUCCAGAGUGAAGACGUUCCCGACUUUACAAGGACACAUUGGGAAACUUACAGAACUAGUAUUAGAAAGUGGCUUUCUCUACAGGGUGAGACAAAGGACCUUGCAGAAACUUAUAAACAUUGCAUUGAUAUCGACUUUGACAAUGUUCCUGAUGACACUGGGUUUCACAUGACAUGCUACCAGCGAUUUAUUUGCAAAAGGCGUUUGAGAAACAAGAACGUGAUGCAGCCGCGGGUCAGUCAAACCCUUCAGCCAGCAUCGCUGAUGCAUCCACGUCCACAGCAUCUGAAACUCCACGAAAGAAACUUCGCUCGAGGUCAUAGGCUGUAUUGGGACAAAGGAAAAAGUGCCUAGAAAGUGAAUUUUGUUCAACAACGCUGGUGCUACUUGUUCAAUGCAUUUUUGCAUAGACAAUACCAUUCUGGACUUUGGGUUAAAAUAUCUACUCAGACUUUCUGUCCGACUUUUGUCACCAGCCAGAAAUGUACAUUUAUGUGAGUAACCCAAAAAACAAUUAUAUGGUGCUGCUGUUUUUGCUUGUAGAAACUGCUAUGUUGAUUCUGGCAAGACAAAAUCUUUCUCAAAUGUCAUAAAUACAUCUACCUAACAUCUGAUACAGUUAUUGGUGCCUUAGUAUGCGCAUAAGUGAAUUCAGAUUAUGAAAUGUAGCAAAUUUCUUGAAGAAAAUGUCUCAACUCAAGUGAUUUGCACCCAGCACAAUGAAAUAUAUACAGUAAAUUUAGCUAAAAGCUUAUGUUUCAUACAUAAAAAUGACACAACCUACUGUGUAAUAAAAGCAAUAAAAUAUAAACAGCACAUCAUGGCCAUAAAUGGCUAAAAGUCAAUCAAAUUGCUACCACGCCCCCCAAAAUUGGAAUAAUGGAAAAAAUGUAACAAGACAAAAAUAAAUGCACAAAAGGUCUGAAUUAAUUCAAAAUAUGGUAUAAAACAUUUAUUCAAGUAUCACAGAGUCAAAACAUCUGACGUUUAUCAAUCCCUCCAGAAUAUGAAAAUAAAGAUCAAAACACAAAUGCAGACAAAUGUAGAACAGAUAUAAAAAUAAUAAAAAUCUCAAAUCUUGGUGUAGCAAUCCUUUAAACAAAACAAAUUGUACAUGGUGACAUGGUGCAUAUAUUACGCAUCACUAUCACUUUCAUCAGAGUCAUCAUCCCAUACAGCUCUUUCUUCUGUUUCCUUUGAAGCAUUCUCACAUGCUUGGCACCAACAUAAAUCUGUACAACAUAGUCUUGCAGACAUACAAAAACAUCCAUUCACUUAUGCGUAUACUAAGGUUGAGUUUAGGCUGCCUUACCCAGUUUGGUGGACACUGAUAACAUGCUUUGGACAGAAAAAUCUAACCUAGGUAGUCCCACUUAUUUCAUACAUUUGUCCAGCAGAGCCAGGCAUUACAAUGUGACAGCCAUCAUGUAGAAAACGUCUGUUACAAUUCUGACCUCAAUAAUUUCAUUGAACCACCUGCUUAGGGACUAUUAUUGAGUUACAGUCUGAGCUGAUGGUGUGUUCUUGUGCUUUAUUCUUUUUUUCAUCUCCUCCACCUUUCCUCAACUCACACCAGACCCCUGCAGGCCUCAUGUUACCUCGGACAAGCUCUGACUGUGUGCAGUGUAGUGUGUACAGGUAUGCAGACACAUAUAACCCUUAGGCUUCUGUAAGCCAUGCCAGUGGUCCCUUACUGCACUGAGUGGUACAUGGUAGGUCUCAAAGCUCUCUAACCAAAGGAAAGAUCCACUUUCUGCCACAGUAAUGGGAUUUUGCAUCACAGUGUCUUGACCAAAUGCUUGUGUGCAAGCUGUCCAAUGCUUGGAUAUCCCUCAUAAGUUCCCUUUUCAUCUCUGAAGUAGCUGCUAUUCUACUGAGCAUUUCCCCCACAUGAUUUAGUGCUAAGAGAGUGGAAAUGGGGGUGGGGGGAUGGAUGUUUGGGGUUUGGACUGAAGACACUGCACAUCAUGCCUCACAUAGUCUAGCAGCUUGGUUUGGUUUAUAUUCACAUAGGAGCCAUUUAAAUCAUGGUCAAACACACCGUAACACCGAGUUAGACCCUCCCUUAAGAGAUUAAUUUUGCUAACAGCUUGCUUCUCUAGCCCCACCAACUUCAGCAAUGACUGCACGAUAGCAAUACACAGCGGUCUUUGUCUCCACGCGCAAACAUCAACCAAAAAGCCACUCUAUAGCCACAAUUAAUGCUCAGAACAGCAACUAACUUCAGCAACAGUACAGGGGUAUAUAUAUAUAGGGUCCAAGCCAUAGUACUAGCCAUCAAACAUCUUUUUAGCUUUGCCUGGUUUCUUUAGCAAAGACUAAACACAACUCAACCACUCUCCUCCAGCAGCCGCUUGUUUGUGGGGGAGCCCAGUCAAUCACAGAGUGCAGCAGAAAAUUUAUGAUCAUUACUUCAUGAAAAUGCAAUUAGAGUUCUUGUGCACCUUGUAUUAGCACUGCAAACGCGUAGUUCUUCUGCCUUAGUGUCUUGGUCUGACAUGAGUUGUAGUCUGUAGACUGUAUGCUUCCAUGUUUUCAACUUUUCUGUCAGAUUACACUGUUUUCAAAUCAAAUCUUCACAUCGCUAAUAUCAAACAGACAAAACAGAAACUCAUGAUAACAUGAGCUGUAGUCUGAAGAUGGUAUGCUUACAUGUUUUCACCUUCAUUGUCAUGUAACACUUAACCAUCCUAAAGACUGCAGACACAUUUUUAUGUAGCCCAAUUCUUGGCCUCAAAGCAGGAUCAAAGUGUUUAUAACCAAGUUCUUUAGCUAAUUUUCCUGAGAAAAACAGGCCUGAAUGCCUGCUUGAAAAAAAUAUAUUCAUAAAUUAUCCCUCAAUCUUUUACUUUGACCUCACAUCAGAAGUUUGAUUGAUUAAUGAAGCUGACUUUUUCUAAAGCUGACAGUCAGGCAGGGUGCAUUUUAGCUUUAUUUAUCAGGAUGCCAAAGGAAGGCAGUGAAGUAAAUGGCAGUUAUAUGUCUUCUUGAAGUGAUCAUCAGCCCAUCAACAAAGAAGAAUACCUCAUUCAGCAUGUUUGUGAUAAGUUUGGCUGGUUUGAUCUAAAAGAGAAAAAUUCACGUUCCUGCUUUGAAAGUGGCAUUUUUAACUGAGAUAAAACAAAGAACAAAGACAUAAAAGUCUCGACAAACUUUUCAAACUCUCUUGGUCUCCAUUGAUGGGAUUGCUGUCAGGGUUUCCCAGAGGAGACUGCAUGUCAAAGUGAAGCAGAUUGUUGCCAGUCUUCCUCAGGUCGCUCCACGCCUCCCUGCACCGGACCAACCAUGGGAGGCCCCGCGCCUCCUCCAGUACGUGUCAGAACACUCUGUUUCCUCUCUGAAAUUACACUAGAGUCUGAGCCUUUUGUUGUAUGGGUAACACACCUCUCCUCUCUGUUUCUUACUAGAGUUGUGGCACUACAGGUGAGGUGAGAGUAAAAAAAGGAACAUCCACCUCCAUCCUUGUUUCACAUUGACUGACUUCACGACAUGCAUUUUAAGUUGCGGAUCAGAGAGGUGAAAAACACCAGGUUGUAUACAAAAUUCUCUCACAUACUUACGUAAAUCCAGCUCUUCAAAGACGUGGGGAAUUAUCUCUGACAGUUCCCACAAGCACCUUAAUCUUGAGGCUGUUAGGAGUAAAGAGGAAAGUAGGAGCUAAUGUCAGAGCAGCUACCAAAAGCAUUAGAGCUGGCAGGCUUUCCAAGGAGAUGAUGAUAAUAUUCCAAUUAUGAAAUUUUCAUGACCUCUCAACAAUCCGAAAACUCCCUGUUGGUUAAAGAAGCUGCCCCGCACCUGUGCUGAAACACUAAUUCAAACUCAAUUACCUUUGAAAGUUUCCGAACAAAAGGGGUAUAAAUACCUGCAGCAGAAAAAGAGGCCUUUGUUCCCAUUUGCAGUAUAUUACAUGCAAUACCUUGAUAGGAUAAAGAGAUGAAGAAGUGAAGCAGCGGCAGAACAUGAAGAAAAAUACUGUGCUUGAGUUUAUCACUGUCUUCUUUCAUUGAGGACAGUGACUGAUGUCAUCUUUGAGUGUCUUUGAACUUCUCAUACGCAGCACUGGUUUGAUAUGCAGCAGAUUAUGAGUAAUGCUCACAUGAAUUUUCUUAAAGAUGAAAGAUACAAAUUAGCACAUUGUUCAAUCUUAACGUUUGCUAAGAGGGCGUAUUAUAAUUGUGUUUCACUUUGCUAACGUUAGAUUUGUACUUUUUCACGGAACUCAUGUACCUUACUGUCUGUUCUAAGUUCACUUACGAUUCAGAUUUGUACUUUUCAAAUGAACUAAUGCAACUUUCUGGAUGUUUUCAUUUAACUCAGGUUGUUUUCAUUUAACCAGAUAAGCAGCUUGAUAGGCAGGAACUUGAUGAACCACAAAGCUCUCUUUACUCUGCUGGACAGGACUGCUAGCAGAUACACGCCUUAAGGUCACAACUCACAUUUUACACAGCACAUUUUAGUAAAACCACGUGAUCAGUGGUUGGCCAAAGAUAACUGGCCGAUGACAGUCGGUUGGGAGUAAAUCCAACCUCUUGCUGUCAGGUCUCCCACAUUUAUCAAAGAUAAAUAUAAAUGAUACUUGGAAAUGAGCACUUGUUGUGAUGGACAUCCUAGGAGCUUUGUCAUUCUGAGUCCAGCCCUGUACUACUUUACCUGUGACCUAAAUAAAUGUCACAUCAGAGAACUGAAGAUUUCUCCAGCUUGGGCUUGGGCUUCUAACUAAAGAAUCGUGUUAACAAGUGACAGCAUAAAAUCCUGAGGAGGAUUGCGCCUGGUUUAUAUUUUUUCAUCUGACCCACACCAUAGCAUUGGGCAAAGGUCUGCAUAGCCCGAUACCUCUGCAGAAGCCUACACCAUGCACCUCCUUUACAAUGUAGCUGGACAUAAAAACAAUGCCAACAGAGUUCCAAUCUAAACUGGACAUGGAGUAGUCACAGGUAUGGCAUGCUCCAUAUGUUUUAAAAUAUGCAGAGGGCGUCCUCCACACUGUCUCAUACAAGCACAUGUUUGGUGUGGAUUUGGUGUGUGUAAGGUUGUACCCACUGGUAAGACAAACAUCCUUUUCCACAAAUAAAGACACUCACAUAAAGUUGCAUAUAUUCAAACCUCACGUGACAAAAGUGGGUUGUGUGCACAGAUCACAACAAAAACAAAUUCCAAUAAUGGCAUCAAAAUUGGAACCACCUGUGCGUGAAGGACACAUCGCGCUCCUUGGCUUGUCUCUUUCUUUCAUAGAUGUUGGCAUAUAAAAUUAAUUUAGCUCAUGCAACUGAAUAUUAUAAUAUGUGUAUGUUGGCUUAAAGUUAAUAACUUAAAGUUAAUAAUCUGAUCACUAAAAUAAAUCAUAUGGUCAACCUUGCUGCUGCAGCAACAGGACGGAGAGAGGACACAGAGGUCCAGGUCGAAUUGCGCGAGAAAUAAGAGGAGAAAUAAGAGGAAGAGCAAGAUAGAAAUAGGGGGGAGACGAGUUAAAUAUCUUGUUAACUUCAUCAUGUGUGUCUAUUUACUAGAUAUUUAAUUUCAUUUAAUGUGGUUUCAGCUGUGUUACUUUGGUCAGGUUGAGUGUUUAAAUGCGUGCUAAACGCGCUCAUAAGAUCAGAUACAGAUCAGAAUAUAUCAUAGAUGUAAAUGUAUUUGCUGACUCUGAAUAUUGGUUGUUAUUGAUUGCACUGAAACGUGCCUGACUCUGUGGAAACCUACCUGUGAGGCAUGACGUAUGUGCACUAGAGGACGACAUUUUUUGGGAAUUCCCGUGGGUCACGUGAUUCCCGCGGGAAUCCCAUGGGAUGGGAAUAAUUUUUUAAUUAAACCCGUGAUCGGCUGAAAAUGAUCAUCUAUUAAUGUUGUUCCCGCCUGCUCCCUUUUUUCCCAUCCUGUCCCAAUCACGGGAUUAAUUAAAAAUGACUCCCAUCCUGUGCGAUUCCCGCGGGAAUUAGGUGACCCACAGGAAUUCCCGAAAAAUGUCAUCCUCUAAUGUGCACUACGCCGCCGGUGUACUAAAAUACCACUAGACCAGCUGCGCUCUGCCUGCGCUAAAAGCUGACCAGGUUUGAAUCGGCGAGCUUUCCACGCACUUUUUACACUGCCAGCGAGCAUGAAAAUGUCACCGGGCCAGCUGAUUCUGUCGACACCUCCCCCUACCAUGCCAUCACACCACCAAACUGGCUGUACGCCGGGCUCCGCCAGAUGAAAAUACCACUGCACGAGGUGCACCACCCUACGCCGCACCGCCGGCGAGCACAUAAUAGAGCCCUAAGAGUCAAUCCUAGUGCUAGCCCUACCACUUGUCCCUAGACCUCCCAUCAUCAACACAAGAGCCCGAAGAAUAAAAAAGAGAUGGGUGCCUCUCGUUAAUUAAUGGGGGACAUAACUAAAUAAGAGAUGGUUAGCUUUUGUGCUGAGAUCAAACAAGACCUGGAGGCUCUUCAACAGAAUACAAAAGCUAAAAUUGCAUCUUCAAAGACAGAAUUCUGGACCACAGUUCAGGUAAACGUGGAUGCUCUGAAUCGCCAUGAUGCGAGUAAUGGUGUGCGAUAUGGGAAAAAGUUUAUUGUGAUAUUUUUCUUUCAUAUCAGUCAAUAUCGGUAUAUAUCACGCAAUAAAAAAAAUCACUUGUCAAUCUUCAAUGUUCCUUGGUACUCUUAAAUGAAAUUUAAAGAUAACAGAAGGGUCAUUUUUGUUUAAGUAUUUAUUCUCUGUCAAAGUUAAACAUGACAUUAUGUAACAUGAAACUGUUUCAAACACAUAAACAAUUCCGAAUUUUUUUUUAAAUAAUAAAUAAAUGAUAAAUAAUUUGAAAACAUAAAUCUCUAAGCUUAGGAGAGGAAACAACAGAUACAAAAUGGACAUUCUUUUGUCAAUGUCAGAUAAUAAAUGAAAUGGGUAUCAAAAUAAAAAUAAAUUCUCAAGGCUUCCCCUUCAUAUAGUUUUUUGAACAAGAAAAGUGAAACAAUAAAAAACAAUCAUUGUGCAAUUUCAAGUAGCUUUCCAAAAGAAUAUAAAUGAAAUAGACAUUCACUCUGUUUACUAAACUGUUACAAGCCAAUGCUCAAACAAAAGGCACAAGAAACCUUCAUUAUUGUAGUACUGUCCCUCAGUGCUGUAAAUCUUUUCAGUCAGACAGACAUAAGUCUGCAGGUCAUGAGCAAGGAAGUCAAGUCUAUCUACUGUUUCCGGUUUUAAAGCUGCCCUGUGGCAGGUCACAAUAUUACCCCCUGUGGUAAAUACCCUCUCAGAAGGGGUGCUGGUAGCCGGGAUGCACAAGUAGCACUUUGCCAGGACGCUCACUCUUGUGAAGUUUUUUUCGUGUAUUUUCCACCACUGCAGCAGGUCAAUUUCACUGACUAAAUCUGGUAGCAGCAAGUAGUUUUUAAGCUCCCUUUCCACAGUCUCUCUAACAGUAAGUCCUGCGCUGGUGUGACAAGAUUUUUUGAAGAAACUGCCCAAUGAUUUUCUCUGUUUCUUCUGGGUAGCACUUCAGCAGCUCCAGCCCCUUCUUCUCCUGGUCCCUCUGUUCUGGAUAAAGUAGGCAGGUGCUGGUUUCCCUCCAACAUCUCAGACACUGCUCUCAUUUUGAUGGUGUCAAUCUUUUCUGGCUUGAUGUAUUGUACCUUAAAAUGGGGGUUUCCACCGAGGCUGCCAUAUCAAGCAGGUCAUCUGUUUUCUGGUCAGCAUACUUUCAUCCAGGUAGGCCAUGACUGCCAUCUUUAUGUCCUUUGUGAGCUGUGAGUCAUCAUCAGAAGUUUUCAGAAUCUGUGUUUUGAAGAGAUGCAGCAUUGGCUUGAGGGGCUUGACAUUCACCAGAGAGUGAAUCAGUGUAAUCCAGCAGUGGAUUAAGGGCCACAUGCAUACUCUCCUGCACUUCUAGGUCUUGCCAUAAAGAAACCAAGUGCCUGGUCUUCUUAUCUGCACCCAGUACUUGAGAAAUGGCAUCGUGUCGCUCCAACACCCUCUCAAUCAUUUUCUGACGUGAGCCCCACCUGGUGACCAGCUUAUGUUGGGGUAGGUUAAACUCUUCCUGGGCAGCAGCCAAGGCUCUCUUCUUCUUCCACAAGAAAGUGAAGGAAGCCACAGCUUUCUGCAUACACACAUAGCUUGCUCCACCCUCUUGUCUUUUCCUGCUUCCUCUGUGUAAAAAUGAAAUUAUUUAUAAUUAAAUUAUUUCAGGUGUUAUUUUACAGUAUAUAGUGUUUAUAUUACUCUCUCCUUUUUCAAUUCAACUUGUUUUUUGUACUUCUUUUUUAUUAUUCAUUUUUUCCUUAUUCUUUUUAUUUACUUAUUCCCCACCCCAAUAAUAAUUGUUACAGCAAAGGCAAGGAAAAUACAGAGGGGAACUUACCAACAGCUGAAUGAAUCAAUGCCCAAAACAUUGUAGCCGAAUCCAGUUGUUCAAGGAUGUGGCCUUGACCAUAUCCGUCCCACUGUCAGUCGUGAUGCAGACUUGUCUGUCUUCACGCAAGCCCCAGCAUGCAAGUGCUUCAGACAGUCCUGCAGCAAUGAUUUCACCUGUAUGGUCUUCGGAGAAGUAUGCAGUUAGCAGACAUUUGCUUUUCAAAAUCCAAUCUUGGUCUAUGAAGUGGGCAGUUAGGCUCAUGUAUGGUUCUGAUGUGAAACUUGACCACAUAUCUGAAGCGGUGGCAAAGUAUGAAACAUUUUGCUGUUCCUCUCAAUUACCUCUCUACACUGCACAUACAGCAGUGAAAGCGCGGUCUUGGAGAAAUGUUUAUGCUCAGGGAGUUGGUAACAAGGGUCCAUUACUUUAACCAUCAACUUGAAUCCCUAUUUUUCUGCUGUGCUUAUUGGUAACAUAUCUUUUGCAAUGCAAUAAGCGACUGUAUCUAUGAGGUCUUUGUGCCUCUUAGACGUUUUGUUGUAUGGCACAGCACUGCAGAAAGCAGUCUUAAUGGUCGGCUGUUUUGGCUGCACAGGCGUUGUGGGCUGCUUCGUACUUGCUAUGCUCGGGGUUUGUAAAGUUUUGCAGUGCACACCUCUCUGCCUCACGUCCAACUUUAAAGACCCUAAAUACCUCCACACCACCGUUUUUGGGCCAGUCUUGUCGACGAUGUCGUCAUCUGUUGGGCCAGGGGUAGCACUCUUUUUUUUCCCCCCUCAGCUUCACCUGUUGCAUAUAGCUGCAGUCUGCUAGUACACUGUUUGCUACUUGGCUCUAACUCAGCACAUGAUUGGUUCAGCGCAGCGAGGACUCUGAGCAACUCCCCCUUUUUUGAUUGGCCAUUGGUAAAGUCAACCAAAUCAUGGCAGAAUGCUGGCUAUCGAAAAGCAUAUCGACCAUGUUUCAUAUUGAUAUUGAGGGAAAUUAAUUUUCAAUAUAUAUCAUUAUCAUUUUAUUGCCCAGCACUAGAUAUGAGCAUAACCGAGCUGGAGGAAACCACACUGAAACUCAAACAAACACUCAGGAAACAAAAAGAUGGGGAUGACAAACUAGGAAACAGAAGUCAAUGCCAGAACUGUAGGAUUAUAGGGAUCCCUGAGGGCUCAGAAAAAGGCAAACCCACAGCUGUCAUUCUCUAACUGAGGUUCUAGGAGACAAGACUUUUUAUCCAGUCUGAAACCCAGCUACCGUUUCAGACUUGUGAUAGUUCAACUGCAUUUCUGCUUAGAUAAGGAGACAGUUCUACAAGUCUCCAGAAAGCAGGGUGAGCUGACGUGGAUGCAGAGCUCAGUCUCCACUGAGCAGCUUUCACCCCACUCAAAGCCAAGCUCAGAGAGACAGGCAUCACAUAUGGUUUUUAUACUAUCCAGCUGAGCUCCAUCGUACCUGUAAUGGUGUUUCACAUUCCAUCAGGAAUUUAGCCUUCACUGGUUCUUGUAAGUUGCACAUUCACUCCUCUUUAGUCCAACAGAUAGGAGCUACUUAGUGCAAAACAAAUUACAUCCAACACACGUAGGGUGGUACGUGAUUUAGUUAAGUCCCUUUCCACUGGACAGGAUUGAGUUGGAACCCAAGAAAAAAGCUAGACGGUAGAGAAUAAAAUCACUGAAGUCACUGAAUAUGAUGUUGUUCCCUUUCAGUCGAUUCACUCGGUACAACACAUAUAGUAUGGGAUAUCACGCCCCCGCUUGGCUUGACUGAAGACACCUUUAUUCACGCCUUUAUGGCAGAUGAUCUGUGGUGACAUCUGGGAGGCUCUGUCUGCACAUAUAUAUACGUGUAACACCACAGUCAUCCUUCAGUUCUUAGGCUCUUCACCUCACUGAGAACACCUACACCGAGUUGGGCUAACUAGCUGCUGCUAGCUUAGCCUGGUCAUGUCUGUGGCUACUGCCUGAUCGAUUUUAGCUUAACUGCCCCUGUUCAGGCAUGAAAAUGGGUCAGGGGUUGAAAAGGUGAGAAGGGUGUGGAGGAAAUACGUUCCGGUAAACUGUACAACCCAACAAAAUAUUGAGCUCUGACCACCCACACUGUGUUUCAGUGAUCUGCAGGAGGCGCCAAAAACACUCCGAAGUCUCUCUCUCUCUCUCUCACACAAACACACAAACACACACACACACACACACACACACACACACACACACACACACAAACCACAUAACAUGCAUCUUGUGCUGGCCAUGUUUUAUUUAUUUAGUACAAUGAAUCACUUUUUUCUUUUUGCCUGGGCCGCCAGAGUCUCCAUGGCCCUUUUACGCUGACUGGCCACAUGCCUCAGCCUUGCCUGCUACUCAAUUUCAGCAGCCCGCUUCUUUGCCUGCUGAGCACUCUCAGUUUCUUGACAGCCAUAUUUUCUGUGCUGCAGCUGUCUUUCUGUUGCUUUUGCCUUCCGUUUCUGUUUGUAUGCAACUGCUGCAUUAUUUAUAUUUCGGCACAUGAUUCUGUCCUCCUCCCCAAAUUUCACGCCACUCCGCUGGAACAUCUUCAUGGCCGUCUGCCCCCUGGACCGCAGGGUAUACUUCACCGUCUGGAUGGCGUUGAAGGUCUCCGCGUUCAUGUUGCCACUACGCUGGUCAAUGACCUCGUUCAUCAGGCUGAAGGAGGAUUCCACUCUUGGUCCGUGGAAGAUACACAAGCCGCAUUUGGCCAAUGCACUGAGGGCGGGGUACUUACCAGGCUGGUCAAAGACAUGACCCCACCACUCCACUAUCCCAUCUCCCUCCUUGUACUUGGGGAGGGUCAGAUCAACACUGAAUUGAAUCCGUUCCCUUGGAAGAUCCUUGUCUUCUGGCAAGAGGUGACUCAGCAUAGCACUCAGCCUGCCAAGAAAUAGAUAUGAGCUUGAAAUCAACGAAAGGAGUAAGCAAAAUCCCAAAGGAAAAAAGUAUUUUUUUUAUCUUACCUCUUUAACUGAAUGGUUGCCUGUGAGUGACCUCGCAGGAGAGGGUCCAGUGCAGAGAAGGCUAUUAGAGUUGGACUGUCCAGGGGGAGUUUCUUUUGGAGGUAAACUGCAGUGGUGAUGUAAGCUUUUCUGAUGCUAGCUAGGAAUGGCACCAACAACUGACAGAAAAACAACAAAGAUCAUUAUUUUAAGAAAGGUUAGGUGAAAAGAAUAACUGUUCUUGACCAAGGCACUCCAUGAAGUUAAAAAUUAUUUAUAUUGAAAUGUCCAAAAAGGGCUUUAAAAUUGUCCAUGCGAAAAGUUAUUUUCACCUAACCUUGGAUAACAUAACCUUGGACCAAAGAGAACUCAGCCAAAAGUUUUUGGUUUAUUCUCUGAAGAGACUGAGCAUGCUUCUGACUUGGAACAAAUGUAGCAUUAUUUAAGUCUCAAAAACAAUUUAGAAAGUCAUGCAGGUGAUGCAGGGUGCUUACAGCAUGUUUGGGAUUCUGGCUCCUGAACAUGUCAGCCUCCUGUCCCACAUAUACGUCCUUCGAGGGCAGCAGCAUGUGAUCCUCCAGGACCAGCUCCCUUAGAGCCCUGGGUGAUAGCUGUAUACGGGAAUUAUUUAAUGGAAGUAAUAAUUUAAAAAAAAAAGGUUGCCUAACAAAAAAAAUGAAACAUUCAACAGAUGGCAUGGGAAACCAAAGUAUAAUAAGAAUAAAACCAAUUAACUAAGCUAGGCAGAGAAAGCCUAAGGGAGAAAAAUUACCUUAGUAAUGUGUUCUGCCUUCACAAAGCAAGCCAAGUAGGCCAGGAAAAGCUCGAGCUGCCGAUCAUGAAGCUUAUGGACCAAUGUCUGGCUGCCCUGUGCAUGGAAACAAAUUCUUAGGAAAUGGACCAACUUAACACUGAAUGUGCAUACAGUUGCAGUAGAGAUGUAGUAUUUCCAAGCACAACUAGCACAGACCUGGAAAACCAUGACGUAGUCCUUUAAUAUAGCCAGCACACCCAUGUAGGCUCAGCUGAAGAGCCGUUGUCUUCUCCUCAUGCCACAAUUUCUGACAAAUCCUCUUCUUCCUUUCACGGCCUUGAGGAGUCAUGCCUGUGAAAGACAAAUGUAAGUGAACAACAAAAGACAUAAUCCUCCUGAUCAGUAACUUCAUUAUCAAGUAUUGUGCCAAUUGUUAGGCAUUGAAACGUCAACUCUCAACACCUUUCUUGUUAAGUUUGUCCUGAACCACCUUGACUCUCGCUCUUGCAGUCUGAUUCACAUUGUGUUUGGUGAGGAUAGACUCUAAUAGCUCCUUAUAGAGCUCCUUGUCUGCUGUGGAGAGGAAUCCAUAAUAUAACACUCGGUAUGCUGGCAUCAUGGCAUGGGUUGCCAUGCUAGCGUCAUAGGCAGAGAGCCAGCGAUGAUUGACAAAGCCCCUCUGUGGGCUGGAGGCGGGGAGAUUUAAUAUCCUCCUUGAGGUACAUCACCUGACAAAAGAGAGAAAACGAAAUGAAAACACACACACACACAAUCUACACAUGACAUAAUGCAGUACAGUCAGGUCAGCAGCCAUGGUCUAGACUUUCCAAAGCCACAAUUUUUAAAUGUUCAGUUCUUUGUUUUACCAAGACAGACUGCUCACCUGUGACAUUUAGGCUGGGUGGCCCAUCAGCUAUAUUAAAAAAUGUAACAUGCAAUACAGACUUUCACCAGCAGGUGUCAUAAUACCAAAAUACCAAUCCAAACACAAAUCACCAUAAUACCAAAAAUGGCUCAUAUAUUGACAUUGGUGGAAUGCAAGAGGAUGGUAAAGUACUGAUGUGUCAAAUAUGCUUGCAUUUUGUUUACCUGGUCUGGACUCCACUGGUGGUCAACCUGGAGGUCACUAAAUAGCCUCUCCAAAUACCCAUCAAAGGCCUUGGAAAAUUUCUUUGCGGCGUUGUGUAUGUGGUGACAGGAGUCAACAUCCAGCAGGUUUGGACAAUGUUGGUGAAUCCUGAUCUCAAGGCCAGUCUUGCUGCCCCUCAUCACAGCACAGGAAUCCACCAGUAAACUAACCAGGUUGUGCCAUGGAAUGUUGUUUUUCUCAAAGAAAUCGAAGAGGACCUUCUCCAAUGAAGCGGCAUCGACUCGUAGAAUCUUCAGGGACCCCAAAUGCUCCACCAUCACCUUCCGCAAGUCAGCGUGGUAAUAGCACACCAGCAUGGAGAGGACCUUUAACAUACAAAGGUUUUAUUUAGCCACACAGUAUUUUAAAGGGCACGCACUGAAGCAUAAACAUAAGGACACUUUGAUGGCAGUAUUAUGAUAUGAAACCAACCUUUUUGUUGUUGUUGGAGGUGCUCUCAUCAGUAUUCAAAGAAAAGGAAAAUCUCCUCAUGUUUGAAAAUGUCCUCUCUGAGAACGUCCGCCCUAGCAAAGUUGGACAGAUGUCACAUUACAUGCAUAAUCUAAUUGAUUAAAAAUAAAUCCCAUCACAAUUAAUUUGGCAAAUAUGGCAAUAUUAUGGGAAAACAGUAUAACAUAUAGUUCACCAAGAUAGAAAUUAAAACACUGAAAUACUAGGUAAGAAAAUACCCAAGCCAUGUAUCAUCUUGUAGGACGCUGCUGUCCGUGACAGCUUCAUUCCCUGCAGAGCUGGUUUGUCUAAGGACAGGGUCUGGGCAACUCGACAAUUACAGGAGCCAUUGAAAAGGGGAUGGAAUGCUCCGCCAGGGCUCCAAGGACCACUGCCUAAAACACAGAGUGUGCAAUGAAUACAAAGAUGGUGUAUGAUUGUGAAUAAUAAUAAUAAUAAUAAUAAUAAUAGUAAUAAUUAAGUUAAUUGAAUAAACAAAGUGAUGGUGUACUGUGUCUUUGCUGCCUGUGGUAUCUAACACACCUACACCUACCUCUGCAUUUGCAAUGCGGCUUACUACAGGUACUGGCAUCUUUCCCUGGAACUGCUGCCUUAUAGUUUCUGGGCCCUGAGUUGGUUGGCUCUGGCUUGCCUGACUCUGGCUUGCUGAUGCUGGGAGGAAAGUGCUGGCAACACUUUGUGUGGAUGCAAUGGCUUCCAUCUUCUUUUUAUGUAUUUCAGUUUGGAUGUGAGCAAUCAAAGCAUAGCUGCCCUUGUUUGCAUAAUUUAUGUCCUUGUGGCACAGGACACACCUGGCCAAUCCCUGUCUGUUAUCUUUCUUAAAGAAAUCCCUAAUGUGAAAGGACACCUCUUGUCCCUUGACAGAUACCUUGCCCUUCAGCUUAAACCAGGCCCACUUCCAGCUGCAUUUGAUCCCUGCAUCCAGCUUUUUAACAGCUGCAACGUCCUCUUCCCCUAACACACUCAUUCUGCAAGGAUUAUGUUUGUAUUAGUGCAAGUGGUACAUCAGUAUUAACUGUAAACCACUCUCUUUACUGUGUUCACACCAGAAACUACUAAAGCUGUAAUGGCCAGAAGUAACUGACUUAGAAUGGUGACAAAAGCUACAGCAGCGACUAAAAAUAAUAGCAACAUAGCGAUUUACACAACAGCUUUAGUAGCUUUUGGUCGAAACACGGCAAGCCUUUCGUGACACACUGUUCCCUUUUGUCUUCUCUCACGCUAAUGUCGCGCUGAAAAAAAUUGACGCCCCGUCUUGUCAAUGGAUGGAGCCAGAGCAGUAAACGCGAGACACCCGCUUUCGCUAUUUUAGAUGGCUUAAAACCAUUACGUUUUAAUGAAUCAAUAAAUAACAUCAGCGGCGAAAAGGAGUGUAAAAAAGACCAGGGUUCACAUGUUUUUAUUUUGUCACAAAAGGCUUCAAGCAUGGGCCAAAGCAUAGGAUAACAAGUUAUAGAGUUUACCACUUCACCUUCAGCCUUGUCAGCCCCUCACCUGAAUAUUAUCCUCACGCGCCCCUGAAAUACCAACUACAGAGAUAUUAGAAAGAAGCUCGUGUUUCUUCUUUUAUGUUACCGUUAACUACACAAGCUUGACGCUAACUUAAUAUCUAGCAAACAGGAGCUAUUUUUUCCACAGGUGUUGUGCCAUAGAAUGCACCCCUGCCGUAGAAUGUACCCCCUGACGGGAGCGCGGUUGAAAGUAUACGACAAGGCGAAAUAAUCCAAGUUUUCCUUACCGUUGGAUUGAUUCAAAAGCGUGUGCCUUUAAUAAUUUCAUUCAGACUAUUCAGAUAAGCCGAAAACAAUAGCCCUCUGAUUCGGAAUAUUUGCUGCCCCGAAAAUAUAAUGUUCUCUACUUUAACAGCAUAUACCCAAGUACACCUCUGUAUGUGCAUUUUUAAAUACCUAAAAACAGAACGAAAGUUUGCUGCUCCAUUUGACAUGUUGUCAUGAUCCAAUACUCGUGUUAUUUUAAAAUAUGAGAUCAUUUUCUUCCACUUUAAGAAGCUCAUAAGUGGAGGGGAUGCAGGGGAUGCAUUCUACGGCAGGGGUGCAUUCCACGGCAUAACACCUGAGAUUUGGCUAGCUCUGGCAGUGUUCAACGCUAGCUGUAGCGAACGGCAGUAACUUUGUUAUACCACAAAAUAUGAAAACGAUUGAAACCAUUACUCACCAAAUUCAAUCUGCUGGUAAAUGCAGUAAAUGUGUGGUCUGCCUUGUCCCCGGCGUGGAUAAGUCCUGCUUCUCGUUCACAAUGCUACCACAUGCUCUCCAAGUACACGUGAAGAGUGUGCGCAUGAUUGGAAUUAUAGCACGCAGUUUGGCCUAUGAUUGGUUCUGGUCAGCGGAGCAGCCGGGAGGAUUUCCUGACCGUCCAAGUGUCAUUUAAAGGGCCGAUUUCUGAAGUGCUCAGUUUGCAUAUUAAGUCAAUCACAUGAUGAUAAAAAAAAAAAAAAAACUCCCGACCCCGACCCCCCCUAAAAAAAAUUUCUCUUCGGAUCUACACGAUUCGUGUAGGUCACCCUUUUUGACUUCAAAACGGCGAAUUUCGCCGAAAGGUGAGAGAUUUUCAUGCCUGCCUGUUGGUGUUAGCCGACACUAAUUUCAUUGGGCUUCUGUGUCUUGUUAUAUUGAGCCCAUGAAAGUGAAGGCGAGAUCUUCUGUUCACCCCUGUCCUCAGGGGUCCAAGAUCUGCAGGUUUUCAGUGUCACAGAUGGACAAGAUUUACAGGACACAGGCAAGUACGGCUUGUGCAUUGAGCUCCGUCACCAUGCUUCAGACAUAUCAAGCUAUGUGUCUGGCAGGACUCGGCUUGUGUGACAGUCUGCUUUCUCCUCUCCUCAAUGAAGUUAGAGUUGCCACAGAUUACAUUCUCCGUGUGUUCCGCUGUGCAGCACUCUCUCUAGGUAGAGGCAUGGCUUCCACAGUGGUGGCACAGAGGCCACCACUGACUCUCUCUAAUGUUCCGGAGAGGGACAGAGCAGUUUAUCUUGACAAGCCUGUGUCGGCCAGAGGUUUGUUUGGGCAGUCCCUUGACACAAUUCAGGCAAAGUUUGAGCUGAGGAAGAAACAAACCAACACUUUGAGCAGCAUCAUCCCCAGGCAUGUUGCGAGGUCCAAACAACAGGGUUAUCUGCACCAGAGAUGGGAAAUUGUGGAGUUACCAAGUCAUCUCCAUGCCAUGUAUUUGUUCUGCUCAGUUACUGAACCAGGUGCCUUCACUAAUGAGCUCACCUUCCUGUCUGUUCAUUGGAAGCAGCUGGUUUAGUGACAGAGCAUAACAAAUACAUGGCAUGGAGAUGACUUGGUGACUCCACUACUCCCAUCUCUGAUCUACCCCAGCCGGUGAAGCAGCAUGUACCCGGUCAGAAUCCACGCACCUUGGCUCGGAACAAGGGUCCACCACCUGGCCUCCAGAGGGGCUCAGCACCCAGGAGGAAGAAGCAGCAGUCAUCAUAGCUUCAGGAUCGACUUGAGAGGGGGCCCAGCAGCAUGGAGGCGCUGCUGCCCUUCUGUUUUUGGCAUCGAUUGGCCACGUUUAAAGUUUGUUCAGGGGUCCGGUCCCGGGAGGUGCUGCACUCCCCUAACACAGUCUCCCAAGCACCCUUCCUUCACACACACAUGCCCCAAAAAUGGCCCCGGGUGUUCACUGUGUGAGUGUUACAAAUGUGCGUUUGUCCAGUUGUUCUCAAAACAUCAUAAAUCAAUCAAGUCUGGGUGGGAAAGUGUUGCUGUUCUCCACUGGCACGCCAGAGGGCCACAACCCCUCCCCCACAGUGCUGGAGGUAAGUUGACAAACUGUUCAUCUCCCUCGGUGGUGCGCAUGCGCAGUCUCACCGUGGGUAGAGAGAACUGUUGCCAUGGGCUACCACGAACAGUUCAGGGCAUGGUCGCCUCGCUUCCACUCUGUAAUACAGUUGUAGCAGAAGAAGCAGCAGCAGUUCUGAGGGAAGAAAUAAACAACUUGUUGAACAAGAGAACGAUACGAGUUGUUACCAACAAAGGUUGGUACAGCCGCUAUUUCGUUGUUGCGAAAAAAGGAGGAGGGCUCCAUCCUAUUCUCGACUUGCGAGUGUUAAAGGAAUACCUACGAACUUACAGGUUCAAGAUGCUAACACUCAUACAGCUAUUGGGCACGAUCAGACCGGGAGACUGGUUUACAACUAUCGAUCUGACAGAUGCUUACUUUCACACAGCGAUUCAUCCGGACCACAGGCACUUUCUAAGGUUUGCAUUUGAGGGCAUAGCUUAUAAAUACCUAGUGCUGCCGUUCAGCUUAUCGUCCCCUGAACAUUCAACAAAUGUGUCGAGGCGGCAUUGGCUCCGCUACAGGAGAAAGGUGUUCGCAUCUUAGCCUAUCUGGACAAUUGGGCACUAAUUUCGAGCACCAGAGAGCGAGCAGCGGCUCAGCUGUCAUUGACCCUAUCUCACAUCCAAACACUGGGCUUUUCUGUAAAUUUACAGAAAAGUCCACUGACUCCGAGUCAACUGGUAUCACUUCUCGGGCUGGAAAUAUCUGUUUCAAGCCAAGCAUGUCUGUCAGAAUGCAGGGUGGCUGCAUUUCGCCGCUGCCUUGCACAAUUUCAGUUGGGACGCAAAUUGUGUUUCCGAACGAUUUUACAGCUGACAGGCAAGAUGGCAUCAAUGAUCGCUGUAGUGCCGCUCAGACUGUUUAAGAUGAGAGCAUUUCAACGCUGGACUCAAUCUCACCAGCUGUGCAUGCAGCGUCACCUUCAGAGGAGGCUGACGAUAACUCCAUCUUGCAUGUCGGCUCCUCCCCCGUGGAGAGAGCCGGUUUUCUACAACAGGGAUCUCCGAUAGGGAGGGUGUCUUUUCGCAAGGUGGUGUUCAUAGACGCAUCCCUUAGGGGUUGGGGGGGGCUCUGUGUGAGGGCACAGCAGUGAGAGGGGUGUGGACGCCAGCACAAUGCAAGCUCCACAUCAAUUACCUGGAGCUAUUAGCUACCCUUUUAGCUCUGAAGCAUUUUCUUCCCGUUCUGACAGGCCAUCAUGUUCUGAUAAGGACAGACAUCACAUCCGGGUUUCCUACAUAAACAAGCAGGGAGGGACACGCUCUCUUCCCCUGUUAAAACUGUCUCACUCCCUGUUACUAUGGUGCAGUGCUCAUUUUCUGUCACUCAGAGCCACACAUAUUCCGGUUCACUUAAACCUUGGGCCGGACCUUCUCUCCAGGGGGGUCCUCUCGUGAUAGAGUGAAGAUUGCACCCACUAGUGGUGACUCAGAUAUGGGACCUCCUCUCCCAAGCGGGAGGAGAGAUAAUUCACCAGCGCCCGGGUGGUGACUGUAGCGGCUACAUGCCUACCUGUUGAAAGGUCCAACUUAGCUACCUUAGCUAGCUACCCUGAGCUACCCCAAUAUAUAUUAGGCGGCUGGGGUAGCAUCUGGUUCCCAACCAGGGGUUUGGGGUUCAAAUCCGGCAUGAGACACAUCUGUAAGGAGUGAACUACAUCUACCGGUGUGGGUCCUGAGGCAAGACCCUUAGCGCUGUGGCCUACCUCAUAAACAUGGGUGCGUUUUUCCAUGUACUUUUAUCUAACUGAUUCCCACCAAUCAGUUAGACAAAAGUACAUGGGAAAAUAGGGUACAGGUUGUACAAGCAGGUUGUAAAAGCAAAGCUCCCCAAAAAAGCUCCCCAAAUGCAUAUAUCAAUUUAACCCAUGAUCAUAAGUCAAAUUAACUCAAAUAUUGGGUUAACUUGAGCCUAAAAAAGUGUUAUUGAGUCAACUCAAAAUUUGGGUUAAUUUGAAUAACCCAACAUUCUGGGUCAAAAUAACCCAAUAAGUAGUCAGUCCCUUUUCAACCCUGGUUGUUUUUAACCCAGGGGUUUUUAGAGUGUAGUGACAUCAUCCUGGUGGCCCUUAGAGAGGGCACAGGUCCUUUUUUGUUUUCCCCAAUUCAUGUAUCUCUUCAUGUCUGGUGAGAAGGUUGAACUUGCCAUACUAAUUCGAAGCCUUUUUCCUAUUUCAUGAAUUAAAGAAAGAGAAGCUCUAUUUAAGCUCGCAUGAGUCACUGCCACAGCAUUAGAAACAAGACCAUAACUAAAGUCUGACUUUACGACACAGUGAUAUACAGAAGAAGGUUUUAAAAACUAUUACAAUUGAUCCUGUUUCCACUGACCAGCUUCAAUGGUGCAUUAUAAACCAGUCUGGGUGAUCAGAGUUAUAGCAGAACAAAGUUGUGCAGUUAGGCUUUUUAGGGCCCUGGAAACUAAGGCCCCCCUCCGGUGGGAUGCUGAUCCCUGUUCUUUGGAAGAAAAGCACUUUUUAUUAAUAAUUCAGCUGCAGAGUCACUUUAUUAUCAGAAGUUUUGUCCUCCCUGUAAGUGAAAGGACUGCUUUAACGCUCAAUCUUUGGAACCAGUGAAUAGUUUUCAAAGAUUUGGUGGAGAGAAAGUUUGAGCAGGUCCUUCAUCACUAUAACCCGCCCUUUUUACAUUGUUCUUGUUGUAUUUGAAUGGACCAAGAUUAACAUUUCACAUUCAGAAUUGUAUAUUUUAUUAUAGUGAUAGAUAUAACUACAUUCCACAUUGUGCACCUUUCAUUUCGCUAAAGAAGUCUUUUUAAAAUAAAAUCUGUUUUUUGGCACACAUAUAAAACUGUGGAUGGAUUCACUUAUUGUGCUCAUUAAAGUUAAAUAAUGGCAGCGGCUGAAAGCAAACUCUCCUUUAUUUUUUGAAAAUAGCAAGAUGAGCUUUGGGUUGCCUUAACCUUAUUGAAUGCAUUUUUUUCAUCAUCUUUACCUCCUCCUGCUCCAUCUCUCUCUGUUUGCAUCAGUACUUUUGGGAGCUUGUUUUAUUUUAUGCAUUUUUCUUUACUUUUUGUUUACCAUCCCUUAUUAAACAUUGAGAAAAUAUGCAGUAAGGAUUACUAUCUUAAUUUCCUUUUAUUUUAGCCACAAUUUCUCUCUGGGGGGCUACUCAACAAUAAGUUAGAAUCCAAGCAGUGGUGAGUCUUUAUAAAUCACACACUGAUACACUGAGGCGUUUCCAGCCUCAAAUACCAUUUCUUGGUAAACCAUGCCCUGGCAAUCUGAUGACAACCAUCAGCACAUCUCUUCAUUAUGUGUUCUUGUUUAUUGUCUCAGCCAUCUUGUAGGAUUAGAAAGACGAGAUAGAGACAGAUUCCCAAAUUAAUCAAAGUCAGAUGUGCAAAUAAUCUUCAUGUGCUGAAUCAGGCAGAUUGACAUGAUAAACAGUGUGUAAGGGGUGUUGGGUUAUUUGGUAUCUUGCUUUGUUAUGUUACAUGUGAACACAGCUUUUACCUCUGCUCUCUUGUUUUCUAAAGAUCAUUACUGGGACAUUUUUGUCCUUUACAAAUGUAGUGUUUCGAAAUAGAAAGAGGAGGAUAUUCCCAAAAAGCUCUUUCAAAGGUGGCUGGAGGACAGCACACACUGAUUUCCUCUUUCUUCAAUUUUUCCCAGACUAUAUCGUGACCACCCGGGUGGAAGUGGCUGCAAAUCAUGAAUUAUUCUGUUAAUAAAUCCUGCUAAAUGGAAUUGUGAUCAAAAGAUGAUGAAAUUCGGCCUGUCAAAGGGGGCACAGACUGACCUGGAUUUAGAAAACCCAACUGGAGCCUCUUUUGGGAUUAUAUACUGCCUUUUGUUUUUCUGGUACAACCUUGAAAACACCUUGCAUAAUGAUCCCUUAAAGCUCACAGUACAUAAUACAACAUGAGUGGACAAAAAUAACCAAAAGAAACAGCACUGAACACAUCUUGUUCCACCUUCAUUUUCUCCUGUGUUGCUAAGUACAUAUCAAACACUGGCCUAUUGUUGCUGCCUCUGCAUUACUUUGCAUAUAUUUUUCCCAUGAGUCAUUCCUUAUACAUGUAUCAGCUUGACACACACAGAAAACUUGAAUACAGUGUGCACUGCUCUUAAAUCCCUUAAUUGAAACCGGAGGGAUUAUAUUAUGAUUUUGUUCUCCUUCUAAUCACCAUUUUCUCUUCUAUACCCUACAUCUGCCAUGUGAUGGGAUUGCCAUGCUCUUUUCAUUCUGCUGAGUAUAAAGCUGUGCUAAUGUCGCUAUGACAGACCAGCAGAUAAAUGUCAGCUCUCCAUCUUGUAGCACAAUUGGGUGGGGUUUGUUGGAGCUGUAUGCAGUCUGUAUUGCAGCUUAUACAGUAAUUACCAGUUGCACAACCAGGGGUUUGCCUUCGUCUGUGUCAGCUAAUCUUCUCCCUGUUGACCUUUUAUUCUCUACAUUGCCCUCAUUCUUUUCUCCUUCUGCUCACUGCAGAUUAAACCAAACAUGGCAGAGACUGUAAUGUCCAUUUCAGAAAAUAAAUGUUGAUGCACGCUGGUGGUUAUUGACAGUAUAUUAUCAUGUUAAAUCAUUAAUUUUUAUUGACAUCAAAAGGAGUCACAAGAGAAAGCUGGUCAAAGAGUCCUACACAUUUCACACAUCUCUGCCUGUUGACACUGUGGCAAAUCAUUGGUUAGCAUUUCAGGCUGGUCUUCAAAUUUAAAAAAAUCAGGAUAGUUACCAGGGAAAGAUCUGAGAUCAGCCUGAAGAGCCACAGCUGUGACACAAGUUUUAAUGUUUGGUUCAGUUUUAUUUAUAAGGGUGUUAGCUCCAAAGUUUCAAAAAGAAGGAGAGUUGACUAUGGACAGAAAUGUCAAUAAAUAUUCCAGUCAUAUAUAAUCCAGAUCCUAUGAAGAGCCAAGUGAGUAUUUAUUCAAUAUCCAUGAUAUCAGUGAUAUCACAUGUCAAAAAAAAUAAACUAGCUCACUAGUAAGCUGUACAACUCUGACAUGUUAACUAGUCAACCAUGAAUAAGGUUUCUAGUUAACGAGUGCAGAAAUCACAUGAUACUUGUGCACAAGUGAAGGACAAAAUGCUCACUAGUUUACUAGUGAUGGCAACAUGCUCACUAGUUCACUAGUAAAGUGUUUCUUUACUCUUACUAGUAAACUAGAUGGGCCUAAUGCUUUUACUAGUUAGCUUGUAAAGAUAAGAUAUCAACUAGUUGACUAGUACACCCAAUUCCAGCAGCACUAGUCAACCAGUGGGGCUAACAUAUAUACUAGUUCACUAGUAGAAGGCGAACUAUUAACAUCAAUACUAAUACUGAGAGUUUUUGCCUCUAGUUAACAAGUGAAUGUUUCCUUGACCUUACCAGUAAGCUAGUUCACAUGUGCUAUUACGAAUGCUUACUAUUUAACUAGAAUAAUGAAAAAUGAUCUUACGAGUUAACUAGUAAAUCUCAAAUGUUUACUAGUGAACAAGUGCAGGGGAAAAUGGCAACAAGUAAACCUGUGGCAACUGAACUAUGCAGGAGGAGGGAAAGGGAGUGUGGAUUAAUCUUUCAUGUGGGUGUCCUACUGGCUCUCAAGCCAGGAUUCCACCCAAUUCAAUUUUAACCCAUUAAAACCUGGUAAAAACUUUGCUGCUACCUUCCCAAUUGAGUUCUGUGCAGACAUUGGUGGCAAAUAUAAAAAAGUUUUCAAAGAGUAGGCUGCAUUAUUUUUCUAUCUGUCCAGAUGAAUUGUAGGUUUCCAUAUAAAUUUUAAAGAAAUGGGGAGAAAGGCGAUACCUGGCACUUUAAGUUGCUAAGACGUGAUCUAUAACUUGCACUAAGUUGUGCAGGAAUCGCCGUACGAUUGGACACAAGGAUACAUGAAGCCGUCGUAGCUGACCAGUCAUGUACAAUUGAUCAGGUAUCGAUAAAUGCAGUGGCUGAUCUGAUCAUCAUUUCACGUCACAUCCUUAAAUAUAAUAUAUAUAUAUAUAUAUAUAUAUAUAUAUAUAUAUAUAUAUAUAUAUAUAUAUAUAUAUAUAUAUAUAUAUACAUGUAAUAUAAUGUCUUUUAUGGCUAUCUUUGAGAAUGAGUGAGUGAAAUCUGUGGCUGUGGAUUCACUGUUGUGUUUCUGCUGCUGUUGUCCAACUAUUAAAAGGACCUUGAAUGCAAAGUAAGUGAGCAUCUAUUUGUAUUGUGAAAUCUGUGGCUGAACACUCACAUUAAUGGGCGAUAUGCAACAUUUAAGGUGGACUGGAAAAAUCCCAUAGGAGGCUGUGAAAUUAAUUCCAGCUUUAGCGUUGAGGUCUACUAUCACUAUCAAGAACUUUAUUAAUCCCCUAAGGAAAAUUCAGUUGUCUGUUGUCUCACAUAUAUCUAUAAAAGUUAUCUACCAUUUACACAAGAGUUAUAAAGUCUAAUGGCUGUUGGUACAAAAGAUCUUCUGAAUCUUUCUGUCCUGCAGCGAAGCGAGAGGAGCCAUCCACCACCAUUGGCCCUUUGGUCCAUCAAGGUGUUGUGAAAGGGGUGAUACAUGUUCUUUAGAAUAGAUUCCGCCUUCCUCAGUGUAGAUCUCUCCACCACAUCCUCCACGGAGUCCAGCUUGAGUCCAACCACAGAGCCAGCCUUUUUCACCAGUUUGUUAAGACGUCUUGCAUCUUUGUGUUUGAUGCUUCCUCCCCAGCAGACUGCAGUGUAGAACAGAACACUUGCCACCACAGACUGAUAAAACAUCUGCAGCAUCUUAUUACAGCUGUCUAUUGAUCGGAGUCGUCUCAAGCAAAAGAGGCAGCGCUGCCCCUUUCUGGAGAUAAAGUCUAUAUUCUUAGAUCAGUCCAAUUUAUUAUCCAGAUGUACACCUAGGUAUUUAUAUGAUGUCACCACUUCGAUGUCCACUCCACAGGUGUUCACUGGCUUAAGAGGGGGUUUGGAUCUACAGAAGUCUAUGACCAUCUCCUUUGUCUUUGAGGUGUUGAGGAGGAGGCAGGUUUUGUGACUCCAGUCACUGAAGGCUCCUAUUAGAUCUCUGUAUUCAGCUUCUUGUCCAUUUCUGAUACAUGCCACAAUAGCGGUGUCAUCUGAGUAUUUCUGGAUGUGGCAGGACUCAGUGCUGUAUUUGAAGUCUGACGUAUACAGUGUGAACAGGAAUGGCGCCAGCACUGUCCCUUGUGGAGCCCCUGUACUGCUCACUAAUGUCCCAGAAACACAGUUCCCCAGCCUGACAAACUGUGGCUUUCCUGUCAGGUAAUCUGUGAUCCAGGAAACACAGGAAGGAUCCACUACCAUCUCUGUGAGCUUGUCUUUGAGUAUGGUAGGUUGGAUGGUGUUGAAUGCACUUGAAAGGUCAAAGAACAUGAUCCUCACAUACACCCCAGGUUCCUCCAGAUGAGACAGGGCAUGGUAAACCAUGUAGAGGACAGCAUCAUCCACUCCAAUGUGUUCUUUGUAUGCAAACUGCAGGGAGUCCAGUUUGUCUUUGACCUCAGACCUCAGAAGGCAUAGAAUUAGCCGCUCCAGGGUUUUCAUGAUGUGUGAAAUGAGGGCCACUGGUCUGCAGUCAUUGAGUUCAGCAGGACAUUUUGUUUUUGGUACUGGCACAAUGCAGGAUGUUUUCCACAGAGUAGGUACCCGCUCCAGCUGUAGACUCAGGUUGAAGAUCCUGUGGAGAAGUUGACACAGUUCUGCAGCACAGUCUCUAAGCAGCCUUAGACACACACCAUCUGGACCAGCUGCCUUCCCAGGACAAAGUCUUCCAAGCUGUGGUUGAGACAUUUGAAUGAGAUGGAGGAGGAACGGGAGAAGUUGUAGUGGAGAUUUGUUGCGGAGAGGAAGGUGGAGUAGCAGUGGAAGUGGGUGUGACAGCAGUGUCAAAUCUGUUGAAGAACAGGUUUAAGUUCAUCAGCUCUUUCCAGAUCACCUACCACUGGCUGUCUUUUCUUUUGACUGCUGUGUCCAGAGAUGGUACUGAUUCCUCUCCACACUUCACGGAUGUUGCUGUGUUGGAGAAUCUUCUUUUUGUACUCCAGCUUUGCCAUCGUCAGUCUCCUCUUCAACUCUUGUUGCACUUGUUUGAGUCGUUCUUUGUCACCAUCAUUAAAAGCUUUCUUUUUCUGGUUGAGGAUUGCUUUUAUGUCAUUUGUGAUCCAGGGUUUGUUGUUGGGGAACGGCAUUCAGUUUUUUGGGGUAUCACUGUGUCUCUACAGAAGUUGACAUAAUCAGUAAAGCAGUCAACCUGUUUGUCAAUGUUCAUACUAUCCACAUCUGUUUCCAGCAGCACAUUCCAGUCUAUUUUAAAACAGUCCCUUAGAGCUUCACUGGCUUGAGUUGUCCAUCUUCUGAUUUUGACUUUGGUCACAGGCUGCCUCAGUACGCAAGGUCUGUAACAGGUUUGCAGAUAGACCAAGUUAUAAACUGACCUGCCCAGUGGUGGUAAGGCAGUGGCUCUGUAGGCUUCUUUGACAUUGGCAUACAGCAGAUCAAGGGUUUUGCUUUAUCUGGUAGGACGCUUCACAAACUGUGUGAAUCCAGUCAGGUGAAAGGAGAGGGUGACAUGGUUGAAGUCUCCAGAUAUUAUUAUUAAUGCCUCAGGGUGUUGAGUCUGUAGCCUGGCAACACUAUUUUGCAAAACACGGAAUUUCUUCAGUUGACUUGGGUGGGAUGUAAACAACUACUGUUAUGAUAUGACUAAAUUCUCUAGGAGCAUAAUAUGGCUGAAGAGCAACUGCCAACAGUUCAAUAUCUGGACAACACAACUUCUCCUUUACAGUUAUGUGUAAAGGGUUACACCAUCUCUGGUUGACAAAUAAAGACAGACCUCCUCCUUUCUUCUUGCCACUAGCUUGAGCAGCUCUGUCUGACCUUAUAAGAGUGAAGCCAGGUAGAUCCACACUGGAGUCAUCACCACCUCCUAGCAUUCAGCUUUGCCUUCACCUUUUCACUAGCACGGCAACCACGAUAACACCUCCUGAUGUCCUCUGGAAUUGCAUGUUGUUGUCCAGAUUUGCUUUUCCUCAAUGAAAGGAGCUCUUCUCUUGAGUAAACUCUCCCCCCAGCAGAAGUAUCCAUGAGCAGCCAACAAAAUGACAACAAAGAUAUGAAAAAAUCUAGCAAAAAUUACAAAAAAAUUACAGAUAAUACGGAGAGACCAGACUGUAUGUCCACUAGGUGACUAGAGAACUAGUGCACAGUUGUUACUUUUUACGAGGUACAAGUCAUGGUCUACAUGCUGACAUGUUAACUAGUUGGACCCAAUUUGGACCUUAUCAAUGAAAUAGAGAAACUGAAAAAUUUGCUGUUCAAUGAGAAAAGGUCAUUGUUGCCAAGGGAAGUUAAAUUGCCCUCACUAGUCAACUAGUGAGGGCAAAAUAUCAACUAGUUAAUUAGAUAUUUUGUAAUUGUUCAUUAGAUAAGUUCAGAUGCUGACUAGACAACUAGAAAAGGAGAUUUACACUUACUCUAUGCUUGCUUGCCCUCACUAGUAAGCUUGUACAGGUCAAAUGAUUCACCUGUUAACAUGUAAUUGCUACAAAUCAGAAUUUUUACAGUUUUAUGUAAAGCUCUCCUUACUAGUUCUUUGACAUGUUCUUUCACUAGUGAACUAGUAAGGCCCAAAAAAGCAACAUGUUUACCAGUAACAAACACUCUCUAGUGAGCUAGUGGAGCAAAAUUAAUUCAACUAGUCAACCAGUGACAUAGUGUGACUGCCAUACGUGUUGCCUAGUAAAAUUGUGUUGCAUGACUAGUUAACUAGUGAUACAAAAGGCUUUACUCUAGUUAAGCCUCUAGUUAGUGUGUGAGCAAAAUAUCAGUGCUUCCAGUUAACUUGUUCAUUUUUCUGCAUACAGCUGGUUCACUAGAAAGAAAAACUGCAGGUACAUGUUAACAUGUAAAGCCAGAGACGCUAAAAGCAGUGGACAUGGCUGCUCUCACUAGUUAACAUUUUGAUGUGUAAAAUUUUGAAGCUUCACUAGUUGACAUGGAAGGUCACAAUAAACUCCGACUAGUUAACUAGUAAGCACAGUUUCUGUUACUUGUUGACAUGUACACAUCAAGAGGCACUCUCUAGUUCACAUGCUGCAUUUCCUAAGGAAACAUGUUCACUAGUCAACUUGUGCACAUGUGGCAGGCUGGAUAAUAACAAAAUCCUGACUUUUCAUUGGUUGUCAUGUUUUAGAGUGGGGAGCCAAUAGGAAGCCUCAUGGCAUGCUCCUCACACAUCAUCAUAAGUUUUUUUUUUCUGUAACUAGUUAACUAGUGCAUAUUUUUCCUUGAACUAGUAAGCUAGUAAACAUGUUAAAACCCACUAGUUGACUAGUGCAGCUGCAAAUGGGUUUCCUAUGAACUAGUAGGCAACUUAUGCUACUAGUUCACUAGUAAACAAGUUGGGUCCAUCUAGUUUACAAGUAAGGCCAAAAAGGGAUGAACUAGUUAACGAGUGAGCAUGUUGGGCUUCACUAGUUAACUAGUGAGCAUUUCAGCCUUUACUUGUGAACUAGUAACAUACAAUGGUAUGCACUAGUUCACUAGAAACCAUAAUUCAUGAUUGACUAGUUAACAUGUGAGAGUUUUUGCAGCUUACUAGUGAACUAGUGUGUGUCUUUGACAUGUGAUAUCAAGGAUAUCGAAUAAAUACUCACUUGGCUUUCCAUAAGGUCCUUUACUUACUUUAAUUGCAGAAUGUACCAGGCCUGUAUAAGAAACUUGCUUGUCUUAAACUGCUUUAAAAACUCCAUUGUGCCCUACUACAUACAAAAUAUCAAAUAUUCCUUGAUUUAUUGCCACACAUGGAUGCGACAUGGAUAACAUACAAUAUGAGAUGCUUGUUUAGUUGUGUCCUUGGUAUGUGUUCUUUGUGUGUAUUUGGGUUUUUGCUAGUUUCAAAUAUUGUUUUAUUAAAUUUUUUAUUUUUUAAUUAAUUUUUUUGAUACUAAGUAUGGUACUGGGUACAGUUGAGCAUGUGCAGUACUUAAGUCCAAGUCAAAUUUCCCCAAGGGGACAACAAAAUGAAUCGUAUCAUACUGUACCAUACCUUACCAUAUCGUCACAUGUUGUAUUGAAUCGUGUCAUAGCAUAUUAUACCACAGUCUUAUCAUACCAUAUUGUAUUGUAACAUGUCAAACCCUAUUGUACCACAUCAUAUCAUAUCAUAUCAUAUCAUAUUGUAUCAAACGUGUAGCAGAGCAGUGUAUUAAACAGAGUCAUUAAACAGGUCACGUGGUUCAUGUACCUCUCAACAGUUCCAUGCGCAGCCUGCACUGUCCAUGCUCUUCAACGGGACAGACGGCAGUGAGCGCACGUUUAAGAGGUAAAUAUUAAAAUUAACCGUAAAAAGUCAACAUUUGCAACUCAUAUUGGAUUACUGUGUACACAUCAAAGUCACAUACGUAUAUUUAGUGGCUAGAUGACAAAUAAAAGUGAAAUAAGACAAGUUUGGUAACAGGUGUUACUUUUUAAUAAGAGAAAAUAAUACAAUAAAGUGGUAUGUAACAGGUGUUACAAGCUGAUUAAACUAUUGUGCAAUGUUUUGGUCUUGCAGCAUGGCCUGCACAACAUUUUUUCAUGUUAAACAUAUGCCUUAAAUGCUGACAGAAUUUAAAAAGUAGCGGUCCCUUUACUCUAUCAUCCCAUGGUAUACAUAAGCAGAAAUCAAAUUACAUAGCACUUAUGUUAGUCUAAAAAAAAUAAAUUGCACAUAACGUUAGGUAGUGAUAAAGGCUGAAAUCUAAAAUAAAGCCCAUAAGUAACCAUCUCAACAUAUGAUUGAUGAUGAUGAUGUGGUGAGACGCCUCCUCAUCCUGUGUUAUUUUGGCUGGACUUCCUGUUUUUCCCUGUUUGCCUGGUCUGGCUGUACUCUUUUCCAGAGCUUCCUCCCCUCCCCCGGCGCUGAGGCUGAGUGAGACGACACACCUGCUCCUCAUCUCCAAUCAAGGGACUUUAAGAAGCCUGCAGCCCUCAGUCUCAGCGCCUGAGUAUUGUCUACCCUUCCUAGCGGUACAGACGCAUCUCCUGGCCUUCGUCGUUGGUAUAACGUUCUGAACUUUACUCCUUGUGACUCUUUGCAUGUCCUUUAACUCCUGUCUCCUCUGGUUUCUCCUGCAGUGUCUCCAGCCCACACGACAGCCAGCCAACCAGCCAACCAACCGGACUUCCUUUGUUCCCUUAUCUAUCCCUUUCUGUUUUUGGACAUUAAAUUCGUUUUACGUUGAGCUCUGUCUCAGUGUCUGCUUCUGGGUCCUCACUACAAGCCUGCCUCACAACAGAUGAUGAUUUAUCUGUGAUUCAUAACUCAGUCACACAAUACAUUUUUCCAGGCCUCUACAGCUGACGACGUCCAACUAGCAGGCCGUGGCUAAAAAAAAAUCGAUCCCAAUUCCUAACUACAAAAAACGUAAUUACAUUUGUAAUUACAAUUUGAGCAUACUAAAAUUAAAAUCAUUUUAAAUAUAAAGGGGUCCUUCGAUACCAUUAAUACACGUAUUGUCAUUAAAUUUGUUCAUACAAUAUUUUACCUCGGGGAGUGUGGGAGCAAGCCGUGGCUAAAAAAUCGAUUCCAAUUCCUGACUAAAUAAAUACGUAAUUACAUUUGGGCCAUAGAUUUUUACAUAUGAAGGGGUCCCCUCGAUAUCAAUAACACAUGUAUUGGCAUUAAACUUGUUGAUAUUUUAUCAUUUAACCUCGGUGAGUGCCUGCCUUGUGGCCAUAGAAGCGAAUGGCGUCUGACGUGACAGGUGGUCAUGUUGGAACUAUUAAGAGUUCCAUAACCCGGAAGUGGGGUCCGCCGGGCUGUACAGCGUAUGCCUAUGGGAGUGUCGCCACUCUGUUUAAUCCACUGCUCUGAUGUGUAGUAUCGAAUCAUAUCAAAUGUUUUAUCAUACUGUAUGGUAUGGUUAUGACAUUGUAUUUUAUCAUGGUGGUAUGAAGGUCAGCUGAAGCUGGCAUGAAGAGAUAAAUUGCUUGUGAAAACAAACCAAAAAAAAACUAAACUAAACCUGCAUCUCUAAGGGCCGAAAGGAAGGUGUCACUUGUUGCAAAAAGAAUGAUAAAAUUCUGUGAGAAAAUUUGCUUGCUUUUUAUCUAAUUAAAUACCUUUGUUAACCUAACUUUCAAAUGGGUUCAUCUUUCCAACUUUUAGAUGUCUUCUCCGAGACAGCUUGAAAGAGGUGGUGAGAAAUAUUUGAGCCCAAACACCAAUAAACAGAUUAUGUUGGAUCUCUGUGCUCACACCAUUAAUAAAGUUUAUUUUUACAUGAAACACAUAAGACCUGCUUCUGACAAGACAGAUAGCUAAAAAGUAUGAUGUUUGAGUUCUUCUUUAUAGUAUUUAGAUUUUCUCUGGUUUUGCUUCUAGCAAAAUUUCCAUAUCACACAAUGUGAAAAACUUAAAAUUUAAACAAAAUCAGACCAUUAUUCAAAAGAAAACAUUAAAAACUAAAAAAAAAUAAUUUACUGAAAAUUAAAACCCAAUCAAAAACUAAACUAGACUAAAACUGACAACAAAAAGCCAAAAAACUAAGGAUGGAUUCUAAACUGUUCUAACCUUGCUGCUCGUCAUGCUGACAGAUGUCCUAGUGUUUGUUUUUUCCAAGAAGUUUUGUUUUUAUCCUUCGUUUGGUGGGGGGAAAAAAAGAAAAGAGAAGGGCGAAUUCAAUGAUUGACAGCUCUAAUGACAAGUGUGACAGGCAGGAGACCAGUACAGAUGUUAUGAAACCUGACCUGAGAGUAAUGGAAAAGAUUGAUGACCUUGAACUGAAUCAACCUGAACACAGGGUGGUACACUACUCAGGCAGGUUUUUUUCUCUGUUAUUUGGUCUGUGCGUCAGUCAGGAGCCCAAACCACUUUUUUCAGCCUGCAGACAUCAAAGCCUUCGCCUGUGCCAGGUGUGCUUUCUGAUCAGACACACACAUACACGUACACAAAAACACAGACAUGGGGCCGUUUGUUCUCUCCACCAGGCCAUGUAGAGGGUACCAAAAAUAAAGGAAAAAGUGCUGUGUUCCUCAGUGCUGCAUAACGACUUUUUUCUUUUAAGAAUCAAGAAAUCUAAUGCGAUGGAAACCAGCUGCCAUUUGCCCCUUAUCCUACCUCAGCCAUUUUUAUUGCCAGCAGCUUCUGGUGCAUUGCAACACUGGAAUACAGCUUCUUGCAUACUAAAAAGCUUGUACUUUUUGUCUGUCUCUGACGCUAAAAUUAGAUCCAUCCUGGAUACGUGUACAGAAAGAAAUGUACACACUCUUAAUUCAACUUCCUCAGAUGCUGCAACGUGUUGUUUACAUGCCUCCUUCAUCAAAAAAGGGAAAAUACGAGUCGACUAUUUUAACUUUUCUUGGCCACAUGUCAGGGCUGAUUUCUAAGACUUCACAGUUCUCUUUAAACUUUGAAACCUCACAAGGAAGGAGCUUCUUGUACACAAGACCUUCACUUAUUUCAGUUCCCCACCAGCAUCAAAAUGAAGCUCCUCACUAAUGCCUUUUACAGUAAAUCUGCAACAGCCUAGUUCUGGUGAGUAACUUCCCAUUACAUUAUGGCAAUGUGGAAGCACAAAAGGCCUGACAUGGAAACGCACUGUGAGAGCUCCUCAUGCAGUAUACACAUGCUGUGACAUGCACACAGACGCGCACACAGACGCACACACACACACACACACACACACACACACACACACACACACACACACACACACACACACACAGAGUGAUGUUCCACCCUGCUGGCUCCAACACUAUGCCACUAUGGAGCCCCUGUUACGUUUUUGUCACUACCUUUGAUGACAGAUCAGCAGCAAAGGGACUUGGCCCCAACAGUCCACCUCCAUAUAAUCCACAUUGCAGUCAAAAUGAGACAUACAAGACCUUGUGAUGCAACACCAAUGUAAUAAUAACAUUUAAUACAAUGCUAUUUAAUGUAGUAUCAGAAUCAGAAUCAGCUUUAUUGGUCAAGAAUGUGCACACAUACAAGUAAUUUGACUCUGAACUUUGCCCUUUAUCUACAAACAUUAAACAUAAUAUGUACACAAGGUAGAUAUACAUUUUGUUUUACAGUACUAACAUUAAAUUAAAUAUUAAGGCAUGAAUAUUAAGGCGUGAACUGUGUGUUGUACUUCCUGUGUGUGACGCCGGUUGGUGAGCAGACGCCGGUUUGACAGCUCUCGAUAACUUUGCCCAUAAUCUAACAAAAACUGUAAUACAGUCAUUGGAUUCCGGUUGUUUUUUUUAACUCUAUCUUUUAACCAGGCUAAGAAUUUUAAAAUCAGACACGGAUUUUAAGUUGCUUUUAAAUGAACUGAUUCGCUGGUUUGUAUGUAGCCGGCGGCUAAAGCAGCUAACCUUUGGUCACUGAAUCAUACACUAUGGAAACACUCACCUCCUCACACAAGUGUAACAGCUGCCUCCAAAAAUCCAAAGCGAUCACUGAGCUGGAACGUCGUAUUUCCAGCCUCCACUGGAUCCGAAAUGAGAAGUUACUCCUGGACUCGAUGCUGACACUGGGUGUGGGCCUCCCUGUAAACCCAGCCGAGUUGGACUCCACCAUCCCAGCAGCCGCUGCUCCGCAGGCUCCACCGGCCCUAGCGAGCGCUGCUGCUGCCUCUGGCUCUCCACCUCCCCCCGCGGAGGCUUCUGCUGAGCCGGCUUGUCCUCAACCCGGGGACCCUUGGCUGUUUCAGGGUGCAAGGCCAAAGCGAGUGCCGGCUCCCGCACUGGACUUCACUCCACACCCGAGGUUUAACAUUUGGAGUUCCAACCCACGGUCCCCAGCGGCUGCAAAGAGGAGGACCAGCCUGAAACCCCACUUCGAUCUCCAGCUGUCCUCGAGGUACGAUGUGCUCAGUGUUACGGAUUUUCCUCCGCUGCCAGGAAGGCCAGAUCCGGGCCCAGCUGAUGCCGGACAAAGUGCAGCCCCACCUCCGUCUGCAGCUGGGAAGGAGGAGGUGAACGGGGGUACGCACACGGGGCCUCGGCGCCCCCCUCCCCGUCAUGCCAACUCCUCAACCCGGUGCAAACCGUUCAGGGGACCUCUGCGAAGGCACUCCGCUGGAAACAGAGGUUCUCCGGCUCCCACCUUCACACCACCGCCCAUCCUCGCCCACUGUUCCCCCCGACCACAGCAAUCAUCGGAGACUCCAUCAUGAGGCCCGUCCGUUUUUUUAAUGCAGUAACCCACUGCUUCCCAGGCGCCACUGUCCCAACUCUCCUCCAUAAACUCCCGGAGCUGCUGGGCUCACUCCCAUCCUCCAUCACGAGGCUGGUUUUACACCUGGGUUUUAACGACACUUCCUCCCAUCAGUCUGAGGUGACCAAGGACCAUUUUAAGAAACUUUUUAAGGUUCUCACCGACUGCGGUAAGUCUAUUUUUAUCUCGGGGCCCCUCCCCUCUUUCGACCGUGGCAUGGGGCGCUUCAGCAGACUCCUCAGCCUGAACACCUGGCUCCAUUCCACCUGCCCUUGCGGGUUCCCUUUUAUUGACAAUUUAUUAACUUAUUUUGGAACCGCUCCCCGUUCUACAGGGCUGACGGAGUCCACCCCUCUCGCCUGGGCAGCAGGGUGCUCGGCGACAACAUUCGCCACACCCACACACACACCUGACACACACACCUGACUGAUUUCCCCCUCUUCCUCUGUGUCACUGUCCCAAGCCACCACCGCCACCACUAGCUCCCCCUACCGUCCACCCCCAAUUCUACACCAUACCACUGCCAUUUCUCCUCCAAUCUCACCCUCUGCCUGUAUACAGUCAGUUUCACCAACACCACACUCACAGUUCACCCCCAUAUCCUGCAUCCCAGUCAGAAUCUCACACCGAGCCCACAGAACAUGCCCUUCAUGGACCAUCAACCUAACUCCUGUCACACUGGCUCCCAUCUCACCACUUCCUGAGGAUGAGCGCACGCUCGGCACGAACAUUAAUUUGGCCGUGCUGAACGUGCGCUCGCUUUUAAAUAAGACGUUUAUUAUCCAUGAUCUGAUUUUAGACAAUAAUUUAGACAUUCUCAUUUUAACAGAGACAUGGCUUGGCACUGAUGCUUCAAUUGUUCUCACCGAGGCUUGCCCCCCUAAUUUUAUUUUUUUAUUUUCAACAAGGGGGGGUAGAAAGGGAGGAGGCACUGCUUCAAUAUUCAAAAACACACUGUGCCCAAAUGAAGUUUCUUUGAACAGUUUUACAACAUUUGAAUAUCACGCAUUUGUUUUUAGCAGUCCUCCUACUCUCUGCAUUACAAUUUACAGACCACCCCAUUACUCCAACUCUUUUAUCAGCGAAUUUUCUGAACUAUUAUCCAUCUUACACACUACCCGUAACAGGAUUUUAAUAACUGGUGAUUUUAACUUGCACAUUGAUACAGCUUCUGAUCCGGUGUCCAAGGAGUUUUUAAACCUUUAAAUUGCAUGGGUUUUAAACAGCACGUGGCACAGCCGACUCACAACAGAGGGCACACCCUGGAUUUGGUCAUAACUUCUGGCCUAUCCACUGGUUUGUCCUCUGUUGUUGACCUGGCUGUGUCAGAUCACUACUGUGUGUAUUUUAAUAUCACCAGUUUUAACCAUCAGGAGGCCCCGGUGAGAACGGUGAGGAAACGCUACCUAACCCCCGAAGUGGCUGCAAAAUUUAUUGGGAUUUUACAGAGCACUCCUGCCGUAUUUUACCUGCACCAUGCGAUUUUAUUGUGGACCAUUUUAACAGUACAUUAAAAACCGCAUUGGACACAGUGGCUGCACCCGUGAUGAAAACUAUUAAAACAAAACCCUUACCCCCAUGGAGAAAAAACGAUGAAAUCAGAAACAUAAAGAGAAAAUGCAGGAGUGCCGAAUGCAAAUGGAGAAAAACCAAAUUAACAGUUCACCUUGAAAUACUGCAGGACUCACUCAAAAAAUACAAUAAUGCAGUAAAAAAGGCAAGAACAGCCCACUUUUCAAAACUCAUCACAGACCAUAAAAAACAAUUCCAAAUUCCUCUUUUCCACCAUCGAUCUUUUAACAAACUCCCAUUUAAAAAAAUCUUUUAAGACCCCCACAGACGCCCUCUGUAAGGACUUUGCAGACCACUUCGGGAGUAAAAUAGAUGAUAUUAGAUCCAGUCUCAUCAGAAUGUGAUUUUUGACACAUCUGAACAGCCGAUUUUACCUGAGGAAACACUGGAGAGUUUUGCCCUGGUUGACGGAAGGACACUUGGUCGAGUUUUCUCCCAAGUAAACCCAACAACCUGCCUUUUAGAUCGGAUUCCCACAUCAUUUUUAAAAACAUUUUACGAAUUUUUUGAGGAACAGAUUUUAACCAUAGUAAAUUGCUCUCUUCAGACAAGGUUCUUCCCCACCGCCCUUAAAACAGCAGUGGUGAAGCCCCUUCUGAAGAAGAGAAAUUUGGAUACUGAUGUUCUUAAUAAUUAUCGACCCAUAUCCAACUUACCGUUUUUAAGUAAAAUCUUAGAAAGGCUGGUUUUUAACCAAGUAAAUUAUUUCUUAAAAAGUAAUAACAUUUUAGAGAAGUAUCAAUCCGGUUUUAGGAUGAACCACAGUACCGAGACAGCCCUUUUAAAGAUUUUAAAUGAUAUUAGGUGUAAUGCUGAUAAACAGAAGCUCACAGUUCUGGUACUACUGGAUCUAAGCGCUGCCUUUGACACAGUAGAUCUCCAGAUUUUAUUAAGCAGACUCAGGCACCUGGUGGGCCUCUCCGGUACUGUUUUUAACUGGUUCAGUUCUUAUCUCUCGGAACGAUCCUUCUUUGUAAGUAUGGAUACCUGUUCCUCAAAAACUCAUGAAAUUAAGUGUGGGGUGCCCCAAGGGUCAAUUUUAGGUCCAA